GGCUCCCCCGCCCGCCCGCCCCGCUUCCCCCGGAUGUCUCGGGAGCUCUUCUUCUCCCACAAGGCCGCUCUCUCCACAGCGGGGCCUGGCGUCGCCGCCAUCCUCCUCCUCCUCCUCAGGCCCGCAAGCGCCUCCCGCCGACCGGGCUCCGCGCCGCGAGACUCCUCCGCGCCCGCCCGAAGAAGCCAGGCCGCGUUUCGCCCCCCUCAGAGGCUCUGGCGGACGGCAGGCGCCUGCAGGCCGGCACCGAGCGCUGGUCCCGCGGUUGCUGCCGGGCGGCGGCGACGGCGAGGUCACGACGGCAGCGGCGGGGUCAGAGGGUAAAGGUCGCUCCCCCAGCAUCCUCCGUGCAGGGUGCUCAGCCAUCUUGGAUCCUCGGGACAAGAAAAUUCAUGCGGUGAGUUCGGCCCGAUUCUCCUUCCCCCCGCCGCCUCUCCCCCCCGCCGCGGCCCAGCUCGGCAGCUCCCGGGGGAGCUGGCGGGCGCCGGGGGAGGCCUUUCCGACGGCUCCGGCCCUCUUCGGGCUGGCCGAGGCCCGCUUCAUCCCGCUCGGUUUCCGUUUGCUUUUGUCUCUCUCUCUCUCUCUCUCUCUCUCUGAGGGAGAGGAGCAGGGAGGGGGGUGAGAAGAGAUGCGUGAGGGGAAGAGGAGGAGGAGGGCGAGCGAGGCGACGCGCAGGCUCUGAGCAGGCAGCCCCGAGGCCCGGCCCGGAGCAAGGAGGGGGUGGGUGGGAAGCCCCGCCGCGGGAGGCGGCACCGCGGAGGCCCGUCAGGGCCGCGUCCUGCUUCUGCCCGGCCGCUCCUCCCCUGGGCCCGCUGCUUCCGUUCCCGCCGCCGGCCGACUCGGGUCCUGCCUGCGCCUCCCUCCCAGCCGCCGCUCGGCCUAGUCGCGGCCGCCUCCGCUCUUCUCCCUCUUUCCCGCGCUGCUGCUGCCCUUUAGGCCACCCGAGUGCGAGCGCCGCGUCCCCCCCGAUGCCUGAGGCUCCGGGUAAGGAAGCGACAAAGCAGAGCUCUCUGCCCCUUCCCGCCGCCUCGCGUCUUUCUCGCCUCCCAAGCGGCCUCGGCGGCCUGUUUAUUAGGAUGGAAGGCCCGGGAUGGAGAAGGGGGGGUUCCCUUAGCAUUUGCCUGGGGGGGUAUGGGGGUGUUUCGCCGCAGCCGUACGACCCAGCGGUUGCGAACAGCCUCCUUCCGGCCCCCGACGAGGUUUGCAGAACAAACUUGCGAGAGAGCGGUUGCGCUCUCUCUUCCAGGACGAGGUCUUUCUUGCGUGGAUGGGCUUGUUUUUGUUUUGCUCGCUCGGGAGCGUGCACUGCAGUUCCCCCGCGGUAAACUGAUAACGUGUUUGUUUGUUUGUUUGUGUGUGUGUAAAUAGUAACAUUGCAUUUGGGGGGUGGGGUGGGGUGGAAAUGCAGCUCCCUGGAGGAAGUGGCAAGGCUGCCCUUUGUUCGCGUUGAAGCUGUGUGUAAUAAUGUGGCCGAUCCUGUCAACGUUUAGUGAGCAGGAGUGAGGUUUUUGAUGAGACUGAGAUGGUUUGGGCCAUUAAGGAGUUUUGAUACCUGGCUGCCUUUUUUUUUUUAAAAAAAAAGUUCGAAGUUGAGGCCUUGCAUGUAGCACAUCUUUCAGCCCUGGCAAACUGCAACUUGCAAAACUGAUCAUGUUAGAACACAGUGGGUGCAUUGAAGCUUCCCCUGCCUAGCCCCUGCUUUUUAAGCAAAUAUCAUGGUGAUUCUUACAAUUGCAUUGUGGUUCUUGAAUUAAUAUAUGUGAUGUGGCAUUCCUUAACAUGCUCUUGUAAAGUUUAUAGGGGAGUUGUAAGCAUCCCAGGCAGCUGGUUGUUUUGGUCCUGUGUGGCCUGCUGGCAUCUAGAUUUUAGGUAUAGGCUGUAAGAUUCAGAAACAGUUUUAUGAGUCUGCUGAGCUUUCUACUUGGAAUUUGUGUAUUGUUUCAAUCCCUAAUUUACAGUUUGUUUUUCAAAAAAACUUAUGGUGGGAGUAAUACUGAGCAUUAAUUACUUGUGAAAUAUUUGGGGAGGGGAGUGGAAAGUCAGUCUUCUUUUGCUGCUGGUAAUUAAUUUAAUCUGUAUACACACACACACACACACACAGAGUAAUCAACAUUAAAAGACUACAUAGAAGCUGUUUCGAUAUGAUACACAAAAUAAUACAUCUGAUCAUAAAGCACAAAUCAUUUCUAAAAACACUGUUCACUUCAUUUACUAUUUGGUGAAAGACAACAACAAACAUUGGUGUUCCUGAAAUAGAAAUUUUCAGCUUUGAUCUUAAAGAUGUCAUGAAUGUGUGCAGGGAAAUAUUUUAAAUACCAUUGUUUUAAGAAAAAUCAUUUUUAAGGGAAAGUUAAAGAGCAAAUGUUACUGAUAAGGCUGGAUAAUGAAAAUUGUAUAACUUAUGACCACCAAUAGAUUUCUAAUACAGUAUGAUGUAAAAUGUCAAGCAGGUAAUACCUUUUUCAAAAUAAUAAUCAGAAAUGGGUAUUCAGCUCUUAAUGAGAUAUGCAUAGAUUCUACCAAAGUCCAUGUAGUGUAAGUUCUAAAAGCUACUCUGAUAGUUGUUUGUGAGGGUGAACUUCUACUUCAGUGACUUCAGAAAAUUGUUACAGAUCAUGACUUUCUUCUUCCUGUUGAUAAAAUAUUAGUGAUGUGGCUUUCUCAGAAAGAAAUUGAAUAGAAUAUUUUUCUGGAAUUUUUAUGUGUGCAAGUGAGGAUAAUUUCAUCAGUAAUUUUUCUGAUGUCAUAAAGUUUGAUCUAAUUACAGACUGUUUAUUUUACUUGUAUUUAGUGAGCAAAACUAAAAACUUGCCUAAUAUUUUUUUUGCAACUGGGAUCCAUACAUUUUUGCUGAUGGACUUCUUAAAUGGGAAAUUUUCCACAGAAAAACAAAGCACUGGAAAAUUUUCCAACCAUCACCAUUAGUUAUGCCUUAGAGUAAAGGUUUUCAACCUUUUUGAGUCCACAGCUCCUUUGACCCAGCUACAUUCUUUCUGUGGGUCUUAGGAGCCCAGUUAUGUCACCCUUUGCCUGCAGAGUCAGCAGCCCCUCACCUCUUUUCAAACAUGCUCCCUUGUGGAGUGUUCCCUCAGCCUCCUAUCCCCUCUCCUUGGGAGUCCUGGGCAGCUGCAGCUGCCGCCCCUGUUCUCUGAGCUGCCCCCUGCCCCAAAGAGAGGUGCCUUCUCACACUGCCCUACAGGACUUGGGAAGCACCCCCUGGCCAGCCCCAGAGGCACCAUUCACCUGAGGAGCUUGCAACCAGGGGUGCUGUAACAAACAGUUGUGUAAGUCUUUUGGCGGCAGAGGCGCAAGACGGCAUCAGAGGAGGGAAGAAAGGAAAAAGGGACAGAGGCCAGUGUUGCCUACAGCACCCCUGACUAUCAUUUAAGGCACCUCAGGGAGCCAUGGCACACUGGUUGAAAGCCACUGCCUUCGAGGUUUCUUCUCAUUUUAAGCAAGACAAGACGUCUAGAUUUAUGUACUAAAGUAACUGCAGAAAAUGGUUAGUAAUUAUCAGGAGUAGUCCUUAAGCUCAAAAAGUUGUACUUCAAUGAUGCUCCCUGAAAAGUUGUCAGAUACACAUGUAACUGAAGCAGAGGUCUUCUGAUGUCUCUGGUGGAUAUUUUUAUACCGUAAAGUUAGGUUUUCCAUGGUGAGACUUGUGUAUGGAUUCGCUGCACAAAAUUUUGAACUGUUUAAAGACUGUAACCUUGAGUACAAACAACUUACCUGUUAAACUUGAGUAAUUAAAAGUUGCAUGGAGUAGGUGACAUUUUCUGGAAUUACUAAUAUAUAACAUAAUGAUUGAUAUUGUCCAUUGUUAUGGAUUCAGAGCUGGCCUUUCUAUAAAUGGAAGGGACUGCAGUCCAUUGGAGGCUCCUGCUGAUGGAACUGGGGAGCAGGCAGGUAGGAGGAGGCUGAACACUUCACCCACUGUUCUGAAGGGUCUCUCUGGAACAGACUUUACAUGAGAAGGAUAGAAUUCACAGAAAGCAAGAGGGCAUCCUGUGAGCUCUGUUCCACUCAAGGGAACUCUGGAUCCAAUUAUACAUUACUUGGAAAUCAUAAGUUGUGGCAGUUACUUCAUUUGCAGAGCAGUCCUGUGCAUGUUUACUCAAAACUAGUUCCACUGUUUCAGUGGUGCUUACUUCCAUGUAAGUGUGCCACUUAAAGUGGCGCAUUACUAUGUUCUACAAUUUGCCAUGGAGAUACUUUCCUCUUAGCUUAUUAAAACUGCAAUUCUAUGUACAUGUACCUGGAAGUAAACCCACUUUAAUUCAGUUACACUUAUUUCUGAGUAAACAUGCAGAGAAGUGCAUUCCAUGUUCACUAGAGUAUCUGAAACACAAAAAUUAAUGAUAUAAAAUCAAGUUUCUUUCAAGGAUUCAAAAUAGAUAGUCACAAAGUUACCACUCUGUGACCAUCACUCUUUCUUUAUUUUUUAAGUCCUUCAUAAAAUUGUUUGCAAUAGUAAUGCAAGUGUGAGUUUCUUUCUCUUUUUUAAAAGGCUGUUUAAGGCAACUUAAGAUGAACAUGCAAUGUAUAUUUAUGAUGAAAUUAAUAUAUUAGAUAAUUUUGGUCUAAUUAUGUAAUAUUUACAGGCAAUAAAAUUCCAUGUACUGAUUGACUGCAGUUUCCCAGAACAUGUAUAUACAGUAGAUGCUUGCACAAUAAUCAAAUUUUAUGUACUACUUAAGUAACGUGUUGUUUACAUGUUACUUUCACAUGGAGUUGCUUUCUGUGUAGACAGUAUAUAAUACUUGAGGCAGUCUUUGUCCUCUGAAACUCUCCUGCACUUCCUGGUUUGUUAAGGUAUCUCAGCACACGUUGUGACACACUAGAAAUGAAAUUUCAUGAGGGUGAAGGCAAUAACAGUUGUUUAUAUAAUGAAAUGUCUUCAUAGAAUGAAGAAAUAGUAUUAGAACGUCAAAGAGGGUAGUGAAUAGUCAAGUCAAUAUAUUAUGGAGAUUCUACCCGUUUCUAUAUGUAUGUUCACCUGAGCAUCUUUAAUUUAUCACUUUAGCUUGUUGCUUGCUUCUGUUUUUAGCAAUUAUGUGUGAAAUACACUAUAUAUGCCUGCUCAGAAAUGAGCCCCAUUGAGUUCAGUGGUGUUACUCCCAGGUGAGUGGAUAUAGACUUGCAGCCGCGGGUAUUGAUCAUAGUUGAUACUGUUAUUGAAGUGUUUUAGUGAUGAAAUUGAAAUGCUUAACAAGUAGCCUGUGACAUCAUUAAACUUCUUGGCACAUUUGAACUAGCUUUAAAAGCCAAAAUUGUACUUUUACAGGUAAUAGAAAGAUUUGCAACCUAAUUCAAAAUUUUGCAUAGGAUUUGGCCUCCCUGCAGGUUGCUUGUGAUAAAAAGCUUCUCCUAUUUAUUUCCGAGUAGUGGACAAUGCAAAGCUCUGACAUCCACAAAUAGUAGUCUUGUGUGUUGGGACUCAUAUAUGUCUGCCAUUUAAACUUGCCUUUUUAGCAUACACACACCGUUAAAAAAUUGUUUACAUUUGACUGGUAAUACUUUUGUAUAUUAAGUACUCUCAAAUUAGGUUAUUGAAAAGCUAAACUAGUAAAUUUAUUCAUUUAGAUUUAAAAACAUUACAGAACAUCCAGUUUAACUUUAUGUAUUCAGGGUUGUAUCUAACUAAGCCAUACUCUGACUAGAUCCACUGAAAUAAAUGAGCUUAAGGUAGCCAUAGUUUUGAAUGGGUGUGGUUAAGCCACACUUGUUUGGAUACCACCCUUGGUUCUAAAAUCAACUUUGGGGCUUCCUGUGAUUUUAUUUAUUACAAUAAUUUAUAUCCCAUCUUUCUAUGGAAAUUGUGUGCCGUUUGGUUGUUACAAAUAACAGGACAGACUUUCUGAUCAGAAAAUAUCUGACUGUGUUCUGCCAGGUGAUUAUAAGCUACAUGCUUCCUUCAAACAGUUCUGGGUUGUGAGGAGUUGAUUUAAGGGUUGGACCUCUUCUCUGGAUAAAAUUGUAUAUUAGAAUUCUGUUUUCAUUUUAAAAAAUAUUCAUCCUCAAACUAAAUAAAUCUGUAGGCCUUGAAUGCAACUGAGUUGGAGAGCCUCUGUCCAUAGCUCAUACAAUUUCCUUGUCUUGGCAGAGGGACUAUAAUUGAUGAUUUUUAAAACAGUUAUUUGGGUUAUGAAGUAUACAAAUGCUAGGAGGCUCUUUUGAACUAAAGUAUGUAAAAACAGAAUCUGUUUAUAAUGCUGCCAGGUAGCCAAAUGAACCUCUGCCUGGCCUACUAGUGUGCUUCUGGUAUGCAAUAUGCAGAUACACCUUUUCAUAGUAUAGAGGUAGAUGUUGUCACCUGCUCAUGCCUGCACAUCCAGUUUCUGUUAGAGGUACAGAAAAUGGACAGCCCUGUGUUAUCACUGUACAUUAAAAGGUAAUUUUGAAGAUGGCAGGUUUUUGUAUUUCAUGUGACCUUGAAAUUGGUUGGCAUUGUUAAGUUGCACAAGAAUAAAAGGAAUGGACUCUCUAGGUACCAGGGAGAGAGUAGUGCAGAGUGUGUAUAGUAAAAUUUAACAAGAGACAUUAGUUUUUAGUAUCUUGGAAAGCUUUAAGUCCAGGGUUCAAAAUUAGCAGGGCGCCAGGUGAAUUUUGCAUCUAAAGAUUCUCCAUUUGCGAGAACCUAAAAAAAGUCUGGGUGCUAUUUUUUGCACCUGGCUGACAUUCAAGGAUUACUGAAAUGCAUGUGCUUUAAACCUCAAAGUAUAUGUUAAGGUUAGACAAUAUGUCAAAGAGUUUAACAAUAAAGAGUAGAGUGUUUGGAAAAAAUGAAGUAUGGUAUCAAUAUUUUUAUUGUAAACACCAAAUUAAACAUGUAUUAACAAUUUCUGCUAAAAACUGAUAUUAACAAUGUGUCACUUACGUGAAUUGCGUAUUAGUUCAUGCUUAUCAAAAUAAAUAAGGUUGCCGACACCCCCCCAUGGUGACUAGACAUUCUGUUUUGACUCCCACAACCUAGGUCCCAAAAGCCAUUUGCCUCCUAGCUUUUCUAUCCCACUUUCUAACACUGUUCAAGCCCAUUAGGAUUUGAAAUAUAUUUGUUCUUAUUUGAAAUAAAUUAAUUAGGAAUGUGUAUUUGGAUUUCAUUAAUGAAAUCAAUCUGAUAUGAAAACACUUUCAUCUUCCUAGAAUAAUAGUAUAAAGAUGAUAUUGGAACUUAAAAUAUGAACAUUGCCUUCCUAGAGCACAUUACCGAACAUUCAAAAAGGAGAGAUAAAGUAAUCAUGGGAUACUUCAGCUACCCUGAAAUCUGUUGGAACUCAAUCUCAGCCAAGAAUGUAAAGUCCAACAAAUUCCUCACUUUCUUCGCUGACAAUUUCAUUUCCCAGAAGCUUGAAGAAGCAACAAGGGGAUCAUGUGUCUUGAACCUAAUGGAGGAACUGGUUGACAAAGUGGAAGUACUGGGAACCUUGAGAGGAAGUGAUCAUGUCCUCUUGGGUUUCAUGAUAGAGGCAAGGGAAAGCUGAGUGUAGUUGGACAUGCACCCUGGACUUUAAGAAGGCAGAUUUCAAAAUGCUUAAGUAACUUCUGGGUGAGAUCCCAUGGUCAGAAAUAUUCGAAGAGAAGGGAGUCCAAGAGGAAUGGGAGUUACUUAAAGGAGAUAUAUUGAAGGCCCAAAUGCAGACAGUUCCAACAAGAAAGGAAAGUGGGAGGCAUCUAAAGAAACUAGUGUGGCUACAGAUGAGCUGAGAUGUAACAACGGCAUGUAUAAGAAAUGGCAGAAAGGGGAAAUCACAAAGUAAGAAUAUACAUGAGCAGCCAACAAAUGCCGGGAGAAGGUCAAGCAGACCAAAGCUCAGAAAUUAGCUCAGGCCUUCAAGAGAGGUUAAAAAUAAUUUUUUAAGCUUUCUUCAACCAUGUUUGAAAAAGCAAAAGAAAGAAAGAAAGAAUGUAUGUAUUAGGUCUUCUGCAUGGAGAAAUGCUCUUUGGUGGCAGAGAGAAGGUGGAACUACUCAACAUGUACUUUACCUUUGUCUUCACUUAAAAGGAAAGUAGUGCCCAACCUGGUGAAAACAUAAUAAAUGAUGCAAGGAGAGAGCAUCAACCCAAUAUAGGAAAAGAGGUGGUAAGGGAACACCUAACUACUUUAAAUGAAUUCAAAUCUCCAGGACGUGAUGAGCUGUAUCCAAGGGUACUAAAGGAGCUUGUGGAUGUAAUCUCAGAGCCUGUCUAUAAUCGUUGAGAAUUCUUGGAGACAGGUGUGGUCCCUGCAGAUUGGAGGCAGGCAAAUGUUGUCUGCAUCUCCAUAAAGGGGGGAAAAGUAGACCUAUGUAACUACUGACUGGUCAGUUUGACAUCUGCACUAGGCAAGGUCCUAGAACAGAUAAUUAAAUGGUCUAUGAGCACUUAGAAAAGUUGUGAUUACUAAGACGCAAGGAUGGGUUUCUCAGAAACAAGUCAUGACAGGCAAAUCUCAAUUCUCUUUUUGGAAAGAGUUACAAGCUUGAAGGACCAGGGUAAUGUUGUAGAUGUAGUGUAUCUUUCUUUCAGUAAGACUUUUGACAGAGUCCUCCAUGAUAUUCUUGCAGAGAAGCUGGUAAAAUGGGGGCUGGACAAAGUUACUGUUAGAUGGAUUGAUAGCUGGUUGACUGACCAUACCCAAAGAGUGCUCACUAAUGGUUUCGUGUCAUCCUGGAUAAAAGUGAAAAGUGGGGUACUUCAGGGUUCUGUCCUGGGCCCAUUGUUCAACAUCUUUAUAAAUUACUUGGAUGAAGGAAUUGAGGGGAUGCUCAGCAAAUUUGCAGAAGACAUCAUUCUGGGAGGGUGUAGAAUACAUAAUCAAGGAUUCAAGAUGAUCUUAAUAGAUUGGAGAACUGGACCAAAACUAACAAAAUGAAUUUCAGUAGGGAUAAAUGCAUGGUUCUACACUUAGGCAGGAAGAACCAGCUGUACAAAUAUAAGAUGGGGGAAACUUGGCUUGCCAGUAGUACAUGUGAAAAGGAUUGAGGAAUUUUAGUUAGGCCAAGAGCUAAACGUGAGUGUGAUGCAGCAGCAAAAAAAGCUAAUGCUAAUCUAGGCUGUACCAACAGAAGUCUAGUGUCCUGCCUGUUCAAGAGAAGUAAUGGUCUCGCUGUAUUCUGCCUUGGCCAGCCCACACCUGUAGUGCUGUGUCCAGUUUUGGCCACCAGAAUUUAAGAAGGAUGUUGACAAGAAGUUACAAGAGAGGAGAUUCAGACUAAGCAUCAAAAAAAACCUUCAGACAGUAAGAGCUGCUUGACAGUGGAUUGGGAGCCCCUUGGAAGGUGGAGGUUUUAAAGCAGAGUUUGGAUGGCCAUCUGUGAUGGAUGCUUUAGAUGAGAUUCCUGCAUUGCAGAGCGUUGGACUAGACUAGAUUCAUAAAUAGUGAAAAGAGUUGAGAAGCCGCUUUCAUUUCAUUCAAACCUUCCAUUUUCUGAAGACCUUGAGGCUUGCCGUAAAAAUUCAGAAUAGGAAGCAAUUGGUCUUUCAUACACAAAUACUGUUUAGAGAAAUAGAAGAAGUUAUACUGUUGUUUUAAGAAAAAAUAUAUUUACUGGGAUUGGAAUAGAAUUAAUCAUCAUUUACUCAGUUACGUUGAUGCUUGCUAUGUGAAGUAACAGUGGAUAGAAUUAUAAAGUGUAUUUGAUAUUCAAAUUUAUUGCAACUUCUUAAUUACAUUGUGGUGGUGUUUAUAUCUUUGAGCCUUUUCUCCAGAAAUUAUUUUUUUAUGUUUAUGUGUGAAAAUGCUUCUAAGCUCAGAUAACAUAACAUACUUUUUGUUUGUUACAAUGUUGAUCUUUUCUAUUAUCUUUUCUUUUUUAGUUUCCUAAUUGUCAAAUAUAUAUAUGUACCGGGUUGUAACAACUUACAUCUUCAUCUUUGGGUAGUUGUUGUUUCAAUAAAACAAAGGCAAGUUAUAUUUUCACAAAUUUACCAUACUUAACCACUUUUAUCAGCUGUUAUACGUAAUAGGUGAUACCAAACUAGAAUGCUCAGGAGUUCCACUGAAAUCAGUAGGAUUGAUUUUUGGUGAGUCAGUUCUGAGUAUGACUAGCAGUGGAUAUCACCCAAUAUAUUUCAUGUUCUUGAAGUACCAGAAGAAACUGAGCUACAACUCUACUUGGAACAGGCACACUUUAACGGUGAAGCUGGCCACAUUCCCACUGAAUUUUUUGGGCGGAUUGUUUCAAAGAAGAAAAUACCAUCUAGUACAUAUACCUUUGGGAGAUGCUAAAUUUUUUAGUUUAAAUUUUAUGAGCAAAGUGUUUACCUGGAAAUAAGUUAUUGGAGCAGUUUGUACAACAGUUGUUCGUACGCUGUAUUGAAAAUAGUGCAAAAUAUAAGAACCACUGUUUUACUCAUUACUCCUUACCCCAAUAACUUAAAGUGGUUUGGUCUUUGCAAUCUACCACAUUCCUUAGCUUCUCUUCCCAUGUGGUGUGAGAGGGUGCUUUUAUAGAAUUAAAACUAAAAUUUACCUGCUUUUGUACAAUUGUACCAUUUUUCAGCCAAGAAAAUACAUAUGCAGAAUAAAGAGGAAAGGAAACAAGCAUUGAGAAGUAGUGUAUAGAUAUACUGGGUUAUUUCAUUCUUUGUGUACCUAAUCUUUACAAUGGGCUAAGGGCUUUACAAUGGACUAGGGACGCGGGUGGCGCUGUGGGUAAAACCUCAGUGCCUAGGACUUGCCGAUCGCAUGGUCGGCGGUUCGAAUCCCUGCGGCGGGGUGAGCUCCCAUCUUUCGGUCCCAGCUCCUGCCCACCUAUCAGUUCGAAAGCACCCCUAAGUGCAAGUAGAUAAAUAGGUACCGCGUUAUAGCGUUUCCUUGUGCUGCGCUGGUGCUGGCUCACCAGAGCAGCUUCGUCACGCUGGCCACAUGACCUGGAAGUGUCUCUGGACAGCGCUGGCCCCCGGCCUCUUAAGUGAGAUGGGCGCACAACCCUAGAGUCGGACACGACUGGCCCGUACGGGCAGGGGUACCUUUACCUUUACCUAAGGGCUGUACUGCUAGGUUAUUUGUUCUGCCUGUAUAAAAUAGUAGCUUACAGGGUUUUUUUUACCAUGAAAACUAGUCUGGAAGAGUUUAUCAGUGGGCCAGUGGACUGUACAAAUGGUGGACUGUACACAUUUUCUUUUUGUUUUGUUUCAGACGGCACAAAUCAUAUGCAGCAAAAAUUACUCCUUUGAUCAGACAGUUUAGACAUGUAGUAUUCAGCUGGUGGGUUGGGACUCAUUGCUGGACAUAGUCUGAUCAAAGGUAGGUUACAACAGCAGCACUACUUUUACCUUUUACAACAGCAGCACUACUACAAAUGAUAAAGAAAUUAAGAAAUGGAUCCUCAGAUGGAUGUCAGGGUAAAGGCGGAGCCUGGGUUUGAAAAAAGUUGAAGACUUCGGCCAUAAGGAUUCAGAUGAUCUGAGUUGUUUUGGUGGCAAGCUGAUUGCAGAGCCUAACUUGACUGUCUACAGUUAUCUUCUUUCCAGAGUGGACCAUGGGUUGGAUGAAAGUUGUAGCAUCCCUUUCUGUAUCAGAAUUCAAGGUUUUGUUAUUUCCAAGAGUUGAAAAUAGGUCGAGCAUAUCAAUCCUAAGAACUUUCCUGAAGAGAACUUGUUUUGAGGCUCUGUAAGGUAGCGUGUGUUUGCAGUACUUGUUAGAACAUGUUUGAGAGAGGCUGGAAUUCAAAUUUUGUGCAUGAUCUUCCUUAUGCCGAUGAACCUGUUGAAUAUCUGCUUGAACCAAUCUGCCUUUUGACGGUUUAAGUGAGAGCAUAGACCAUCAUUAUGAGUGUGUUUGUAUCAUUUGAUUUGAUAUUGACUGCACCACCAGCAAGAAAUGUAUGCAACACCACCUGAGCAUCUCCCCUCUCAUGUUUACAGCUCAAGAUCACUUUUAUGUCUUCCCCUACAGUUACAUUGAAAGCGUUUGGUAGUUGAUUGUAUAUAAGAUAAAUGAGGCUGAACUACAUGUACUGUUAUGAUCAGCCCAGAUUGAUCAAGUGAGUCUGCCUUGGAAUCCAUUCCUCUUCUAUUCCUAGUCUUGAUAACAUUUACAGCUGCUUCCUUUUAAGUCCAGUGCCUUUAAGGGACAGCUUAUGGAGUUGCAUAGAACAGUCAUAGUGUCAGCCUUCUGCUGCAAGGUUUGCUAAACCUUCUGAUUCUACUCCAGGUUGAACACACCAUUCUAGUUCCAUGAGUCCACAUUGCUCACGAAGAAGCAUUUAACCACAUCAUCAUAAUGUGGAAAUCACCCACAUCAGUAACUUGAAUAUGGCUUAUUUUUCUAGCAGUUUGGCUCCUAGCUUUUAUAUCUCACUUUCUAACACUGGUUCCAAACUGUGAGUGUUGCCACAGGGAAGCCCUACAUAUAGUACAUUGCAGUAAUCUAAUGAUGAAGUACCAAUGCCUGAACUAUUGUAGUCAAGGUCUCCCAUUCCAGGAAUUGCUGUAGCUGUUGCACCAUUUGCAGCUGGUAAAAGGUGCUUACAGCCAUCGAGGCUAGCUGGAUUUCUUGUGACAAAGCUGGAUCCAAAGAACACUCAAGCUAUGUUCUUUCUCCUGCAGGGGAAGAGUAAACCCAUCUAGGACUAAUUUUCUGGACAUAGGAGCCACUCACCCACAGUGCCUCAGUCUUGCCAAGAUUCAAUUUCAGCUUACUUUAUCCAUCCCACCACUUCACCAGGUAUUGGUCCAGGGCCUGCCUAGCUUUGUUGAUUCAGGUGUUAUGGAGAAAUGGAGCUGAGUGUCAUCAGUGUAUGAUGUCACCCUGCCUCAAAAUUCUUUUAAAGACUGCUCCCAGUGGCAUCAGGUAAAUAUUAAGUAGCACUGGGAUUAGAGUAGUGUCAUAGUGUAACUGCUUGAGGCCCCAAAAGUACUCUUUUAGCUCUGUUCUUUGGACUCUGUCCUGAAGGUUGGACAGGAACAAUGACAAUUCAGUUCUUCCAGUUCCCAUUCCAUAGAACCAGUCUGGGAAGAUACUAUGGUCUAUGGUACCAAAAUCCUCAGAGAGCUCAAGAAGCAGGAGUAAGGUCACAUUCCCCUUGUUCCACUCUCUGGAAAGGUAAUCUAUCAGGGCGACCAAGACAGACUCAGUUCAGGCUUGGCCUGAACCCAGAUUGGAACUGAUCUAAAGAAUCUGUGUCAUCCAACAAUGCCUGCAGCUGUCCCACUACAAUCCUGUCUGCCACGUCCCCCAAGAAGAGAUAUUUAGUACAGUGGUACCUCUAGUUACAAACUUAAUUCAUUCUGGAGGUCCGUUCUUAACCUGAAACUGUUCUUAACUAGAGGCAUGCUUUCGCUAAUGGAGCCUCUUGCUGCUGCUGCACCGCCGGCACAUGAUUUCUGUUCUCAUCCUGGGGCAAAGUUCUCAACUCAAGGUAACUCUUCCAGGUUAGUGGAGUUUGUAACCUGAAGCGUUUGUAACCUGAGGCGUUUGUAACUCGAGGUGCCACUGUAAUUAUUCCAGUCCAAGGGGUCCAGAGCUGGGGUCUUUAAAGGAGAGGCUGCACCAUGGGAAGUGUUAACUGUGCUUUGGAGCUAAGCAGUCAAGCCUUAGCUUUAAUAAGCCAGUUGGGGACAGGGUUAGGAGGGCAUAUGGUUGGAUGUAUUACUGCCCCCACUUUGUCCACAUCAGUUGCCUGUACAGGCUGAAACCGAUCCACAGCACAGCAUCAACUCUGGUUUUGGAUACUUCAUCUGGAACUACAAUAAUUGAAGAGUCAAGGUCACUCAGAAGUCAAGCAACCCUAUCCUCAAAUUGUGUAGCCAGUUGGUCACAGCAGGUCCUUGAAUGCACCAAAGUUCCAUCCCUAGAGUGGGAGUCAGUAACCUCCAGACUGAAAUAAUUUUGCCAGCUUGCUAUUAGAAGAAGCAAUCCUAGCUGUGAUAUGAGCCUUCUUUGCAGCCUGUACUGCACCAUGGUAGACAAGAUUAUGCCCACUGACAAGCAUUCAGUCUGCUUCAGAGUCAGACUUGCAGCAUUUGCGCUUUAGUCUUCAUCUAGUUUGCUUCAUGGUACGAAGCUCUUCAGAAUACAAAAGAACCACUGGGGCUCCACAACGGCAGUAAGGACACUUAGUAGUGAUCAUGUCAAUCACUCAUUUCAGCUCACUAUUUCAUAGUGAAACUGGGGCAUUGACAAGAUUAUCAGCUUUCUCUUCUGAAAGAUCCCUAUUUCAGAUUCAGGAACUCCUCAUAUUCCAUCAAUUCCUGAGGAUAGACCAUUCAAAAAGGCCCAUGGCCUUGUGAGGGAAUAGCAGUAAUUAGUCUAAUCUUCACCAGGUAAUCAUCCAACCAGGACAAGGAACUGCAUUGCACCCUGUCACAACUUUGUUUCACUGCUCAUCACUUGGAGUAAAGACUACAUUGAGGGUGUGCACUGCUCAUUUUGUUGGACUAAUGACUGAGACAGCCCCAUAGUUGUCAUGAAGACUAUAAAGUGCUGAGCAGGCCUAACAUCAGUUUCUGCAUGGAUACGCGAAGUCCUCCAACACCAUGCGAGAUACAGUUUUGGCCAGCUUUGUCGGGUGCAUUUGGGCAACGGGAGGCUUGAUAGACCACAGGACCCCCAGUCUGUCCAACACCAGGCUGAGACCCUCUAAACUUAGAGAGUACCAACAUGAAACUUACUCAGGUUUGUAAUUAUUCUAAUGUAGGAGCUCUCACCCGGUUGUUGAACCCUUGUAAUGCAUUUUUAUUUUAUAGUUUAGCAAUAGUAGAGCACCAAAGCUACCAUCAAAGCAGACAAUGCAAAACUAAUGAGAAUGCUGCUUCUUUUUAGAAUGUGUCAAUAAAGUAAAUUUAAUUUUCCUGCUUGCCCUUUCUUCAUCCAUUAAAAAUUUAUUCCUGAGCCACAUUCUAGUCUCCAAAGUUGAGGAUGCCUAGGGUGGAGUGGAAUAGAUGGUCUUGUGUCACAACUGUAUGUUAAAACCACUCCUGUUGUUAUUGUUUUUCAAAACAAUAUUGUAAGAAGUCUGCUCCCAACCACACUGCAGGAAGAGAGAGGAUGGUCUUACAGAGUUCAUGCAACCGACUUCCUGGUCUUUUGUGCCAGAUCAUUGCUUUUCAGCAUGGAAGCUGAUUUUCUUCCCGUGCUUCUGUUCAACAUCUUUCCACUCUUUGACAUUUCUAUUUCAGCUGCUUGCACUGCUAAAAAGAGGCAAACUGCUUUAAGGUUAAAUUUUAAAAGUUGAAAUAGAUAAGGAGGUUCCAUCUUCAGAACAAAAUUUUAAGAAACCUUUGGCUCUUCAGGUAUUCUCUCUAUAUUGCAAUUGUCUCAAAAGCUAGCUAGAAGUACAACAGUGAGUACCGGGCUAUUGUGUAGAUCGCUGAAAUGACACAAACUUUUAAAUAUAUAUAUAAAAAAUAGAACUGUAUAGAAUAGAAUAGAAAAAUGUAGAACUGCUUCAUGGAAUAUCACAAAUAUAGUUUCUAUAUAUUCUUUGGAAUCUAAGAUAAUGUCUGCAUGUAUUCUAUCUUGCUUUCUGAAGUCCUUCAUACUUUUCCCCAUUAUAGUGAUACUGUUCUGUUCUCAUUCAUCUAGGAGGAAGUAAGGAGCUUAGAUACUAACAGAAUAUAUCUAACACCUUCUGACAGCAAGAGAAAUUCAUAAGAUAUUAAUCCUGCUGCACUUGGGUAUCAGCACUAAUGUUUUUGUUUUUUUAAAAAAAGUUUGGUUAGUUUGGAGGUUAAAAGUUGGCUCUCCAGAAAAUUGGUUUGGAUGAGAAUGAGGCGGCACUCGAAUGUCCAUGAGAUUAUAGAAAAUGAAACUGGGAGGUAACCACUUAAAAACACAGAAGUAGAUUUUGUACUGGAAGUGCUGAUAAAUUUAGGUACGUAUAUUGAAGUUGCCUUCCUUUUUGAAAGGUCUAGCUUUAUUGGAAAGUUAUCUUUCUAAAAUGUAUGCUUAUAGUUUUGUUUAUUAAAAAUACACACAAAUUUGUAAAAGAGUCCAUAACUUGAGAUAGACAUCAAAUAAAAUGUUGUUUUUAAAAAGUUGUCUUCUGUUUACUAUUGGCAAGGAUUUCCCUUAUUUCUAAAUGUUAAGAGACAAAGAUUAAUUACUGGUAAUUAGCUUCUGCAAAACUCCUGUUGACAGGAUGGCUUGGAGAAGAAUUUCUCCUAGGUUGAAUUUUCUGUAUUGCUGUCUUCUAUUUACUUUAUUAGGAAAGUAAAUUACAUUUUAAUUCUUUGUUGUGUGGACAGUAGGGACAUUUCUAUUUUUUCCAUUGUCUUGUUCCAGACAUCUAUUCAAAAUGGAAUCAGUUAGCCCCAUCAGUUUAAAACAGUUGCAUGUUUUUGAAACCCCAUUUUACUUUAAUUGUCAUAAGUGCACAUAUUGUUUAGCUGCAAUGUUUCAUGAUUGUUAAGAUUUCUAAGGAAAAUACCCAAAACUCUUGAAAACACUUUGAAAUAUCUGAAGGUAAACUAGUGUUAUAAUUGUAGGCAGUGACUUAAACUUGAAAACUACAAAAUAAUUUAAUUAUAAUUAAUCUUUCAAAAAUACGUAUUUUAAAAUGGCUUUCAAAUAGCACUGCUACACUCAUUAAGUUCCACUGAUAAGACAAGUUUGAGUUAAGUGUGUGCCAGAUUAUGACAAAUAAGUUCUACUUUUUAUUAACAAUUUUUAAUUAAAUUUUAACAGUAAGAAAAGCAAAGAACAAAAUUAUUGUUAAUUACAAUGAUAAAUAACUCCUAAACCUCUUACCUUAGUGAGGGUUGUUAUGAACGCUUGCUACUUUACUGGUGUUGUUGUGCACUCCAGUGGCUUUUGGAAAUACUUUUGAGCAAACAUGAAGCAUCAUAUAUUCCACGUUCUCUUCACAAUUGUGGGACCAAUUGUCCUGUGGUGUUUCACCUCCCACCGCCAUUUAUAAUUUCUUAUAAUUUACAUUUAACUUACUAAGUUGCUUUACUGCUUUUGAAACGAAUGGGAAAGGGAAGCUCUUAAAUGCCAGAAGUAACUGGGGUCUGUUCUAUUCCCAUCAACUUCUCAAAAUAGGAUAGAGAAAACAACAGCAUUCCAUCUGUAUAAUAAAUUCUUCUUCUUCUUCUUCUUCUUUUUUGUAAUACCACUUAACGGGUACUGGAGGGUGGUGGUGGAAGGAAUUAGAUCUGUACAGUCCUGUAUCAGAAAACAAAGAAACCCCAAUACAAAGCAUUGCAGGAGUCUGUUGAACUCCAGGAGUAAAUUUUGCCUAGGGCAGUGAUGUUGAAUCUCAGGCCUCCCUGUGCUUGGAACUCUUCCCUAGGAAACAGACCCUCACUUCCCAUGCACAUCUCUCAACAGCCAUGCUUCACACACCCCUUGAAUGUUUUUGCCUAGUUGGAAUUCUUCCUUGAACUCUUGUUACUGCCUGUUGUUUGCCUGGAUGGAGGAUAGAGAAGUGUAUGUGAGCGUAUAUAGAAACUAACUUACUGUACGGAGGUAAUUUUUACUUUUAUUGCUCUGUCCACUUUUGCCCCUGGCUCCGCCUGCCACUUGCAUGUGACUCUCAGAAGGUUGCUGUGAAGGCACUUGGGCCGAAAAAGUUUCCCCUCUUCUGCCCUUUGGGACUAAUCCUACUCCUAGUUGGCCUUUUCUGGACGUAAGCAUUAACACUCUCAUAAUGAAAUCAGUUAUAACCUUUAUUUGUAGCUAGAACUUUAAUGGGAUCUUUGGACCCCAAUAUCAGAUUGUUACCAUUAAAAAAUAAAAGUGUUGAAGGGUUAAAAUUGCAUGGCAGCAUUACGCAGCUUGAAGUGACACUUGCUUGUUUUUUGGUUGCAGUUAACACAGAUAAGAAGUACUUCCAAGUAACUCACUGCAUUUCUGUAAAAAGUACAUAUAGGUGAUAAUUUAACCAUAGCUUAACUUCCGAAAUAGAAUUGCAAGAGUUAUAUUGACAUUAAAGAACAAAAAAACUUCCAAGAAAGUACCGUAUUUCAUGAUUCCUGCAUUGCAGGGUGGGUGUGGGUGUACAUGACCCUUAUGGCCCUUCCAACUCUACAAUUUAUAAUUCUAUUCUGUGGUUCUGUGUAUAGCUGAGGGUCUAUAAGUCCAUUUUCUGAAAGCUGUUACCUAUCACACUGUUUGAAAAAGUCAUCCAAGCCUCUGGAGCUGAUUUAGAGAACAAAGGGUGCUGCAUAGGGAAGUGAAAUCACCUCCUUUCCAUCAAUGAAAACUUCUACUGGAUCAACUAUCCUGCUAAAAUCUGAGAUAUUGUUCACAGUAGCAUAACUGAUGCUGGAAUCUGGUCCCACUAUCUGGAAGCACGCCCCACUUAACACAGCUAGGCUUACUAUUGAGUAAUCACUCAUCCUUGGGACAAAAGUUAAGGACUUAUUAUUGCCCAUCUUUUCUAAGUGAACAAUAUUGAAGUUAAUAUUAAACUCUACAGUUCAUUCUUUAGGCUGAAGUAACUGUUUACAUGAACAUAGACAGUGUUAUCAUUGAUGAGGACAAAUCUGCUUGCAUUAGAGGAAGUGAUGGAAAGGAGAGGCACUCCAUUAACUUCUCUCCCUGAACUCCGAUUUCAGCUGGUCAUUAGAAGAACUAUGAAAAACUAUUUGUACCUGAGUUAGCUUGUUUUUCUUCUUUCCUCCUCAUCACUUUUUCCUUUUGUGUCACAUAUUUUAGAAUUAUUGUGAGUCUGCAGGCAGGGGCCACCUUGCUUUUUGGUUUGAUCUUAUGUGGGCCCCUCAAGGAGCCUUUUCAGCAGAAGAGUAAGGUAAACAUGCUUUAAAGCAAGAAAAAAGUAUCUUAAGAGAUAUAAAAACUAUGCCAAGUAAGUAGCUUUAUUGAGUAUCUUUGGAAAAGCAAACAUGUGGAGGGCAAUUGCUUAUCAGUGAGGUUUACCAAAUAGUUCAUACAAUAGUAAGCAAUGAUUUUGGAUUAUGAGAAUAAACUAUGGUAAGCCUCAGGUUCUCUUCCUUCCCAUCUCCCUUCCUUUGCAUGUGAGCGUAGAGAUAAAGAGCUUCCACUUUCUGUUUCAAAUAACCUGCAGCUUCCCAUUAUGUCUGAACUUUGCAAGCGACAAUUAAUUCUAACUGGUUUGUUCAGGGAAACCAGGAUUUAAGUGUGUCUUCAGAUGCUGAUUUCUUUGAACUUUGGGCAGGGUUCAAUGGUAGAGCAACAGGUUUGCAUGCAGAAUGACACAGAUUCAAUCCCCAGCUUCUCCAAGUAGGGCUACUAAAGACUCCUGCCUAAAACCAGGCAUAGACAAUACUGGGCUGGAUGGGCAGCCAUCUCAUGUUUCUAUCAGUCUUAGAAACUCAGAUGUGUAAGCUAAUUGCCAAAUGCCAGCUUAAACCUCAGUUACUGUCGCCAUCAUGGAAUGUCUAGGCACCAUUCCCCCCCAAUAGAAUUUAUUUUCAUUUUUAUUUCUAUGCUGCUUCAUAUUUUAAAUCUCACAGCAGUUGACAACUUCCAGAAUAAAAUAUAUCCAAGCUUCAAGGAAAAGAUUUCAGAUCCUUCUCUAAGGUACAUUUUGCUUUCCCCAUAUUGAUUUACCGAUUCAAUUUAUAGAACUGCCCCAUAGCAGAAGGACAGUAGGAAGCCAGGGUGGUUUAGUGGUUAGAGUGUUGGACUAGGACCUGGGAGAUCAGAGUUCAAAUCCCCACUCAGUCAUGAAGCUCAAAAGGUGACCUUGGAGUUGAUCGCAACCUCUUCACCUGCCUUGCAGGGUCGUCGUAGGCAUUAACUGAUGAGGGUGUGUGUGAACAAUGUCCUUAGAGCAAUAGGUAGGAGAUAAAUGCAAUAAAUAAGCUUUUCUGCUGACCUUAAGAAAGCUGAAGAUGGAGGUGUCUGUCAUCAACCAACAUCUGUACUAACCAGAUGAACUAUUUUCCUGACUGGUUAAUACAGUGGUAUCUCAGGUUAAGUACUUAAUUCGUUCCGGAGGUCCGUACUUAACCUGAAACUGUUCUUAACCUGAAGCACCACUUUAGCUAAUAAUGGGGCCUCCUGCUGCUACUGCACCGCCGGAGCACGUUUUCUGUUCUCAUCCUGAAGCAAAGUUCUUAACCUGAAGCACUAUUUCUGGGUUAGUGGAGUCUGUAACCUGAAGCGUAUGUAACCUGAAGCAUAUGUAACCCGAGGUACCACUGUAAUGUGAUUUCUGUCCCCCAUAACAUAGGGUUCCAUCGUAGCUCAGAAUGCAUUGCUUGCUAGCAUUCAAUGCUCCCUUUUCAUUUAUUUUAGAGAGAAUCCCUCCUAGAGCUUGUUUUGCUUUAUAUCUUUACAGUCCACUAGCUCAGACUUGUCUUUAAUCACUAACUUGGAAGCCAUAGGUAACCAGGAAUCCAUUCAGCUGAGUGAGCAGAUUGGUGGAGGAGGGAAGAAGUGCCUGGUCCCUCCAUCAUGCUCAGCUCAGAAAGUAGUGAGUUGGAGGAGAGAAGUCCCCUCCUCUGUGCCCGGCAUUAAAAUGGAUUAGGCUGCAGGACAGAGUUCUCAGCCUGCUGAGAGCUGGCAGACCUUUUUUGAAGGCCAGCAACUUUUGUGGCCUUAUUAAUAGAAAACUCAUACUUUUAUUAAUAUAUCUCAGUGGAGAGAGAGGUGGAAGGAAAGGUGACACUGUUUCAUUGAAUCUAUUGCCACAUCUAUUUCCUCAGAUGUCUACUGUACCUUCUGUGACCCAUUAUGUUGUAGUCAAAAAGAACUGACACAAUAUAGCUUGUUUAAUUGUAAUUUGAGAAGCCACUGGUAGAAACGCCAGGUGUUCAGUGAACACAUUACUGAGUUAACAGUAUUUCUUUUGAAUAUUGGUACUCUAUAGUGAAUGUGCCUUUUCGUGGAAAUGCCUGGAUCCUUUCUGUAUAUGCAUCCUUGGUUUGAUCUUAUAUAUAAAUGAUCUACGUGAGAUUAAUACAAUAUAUAAAGUGGGGUGAAAAUUAUUUUAACAGGCCUCUUUAUGAAUUGACAAAUGGCUAAAGAACAGCAAGCAGAGAGGAAGGAGAAAUGGACAUUUCUCACAAUGGAGAGAUGUAAAAAGUGAUGUCCUCAAGGAUUUGUAUUAGGAUCCCUGUUCUUUAACUUGUUCAUAAAUUACCUGGAGGUGAGCAGGGAGGUAGACAAGUUUGCUGGUGACACCAAGUCAUUUGGGGUGAUAAAAUAAAAGGGAUUUCAAGGCAUUCCAAAAGGUUCACUCCAAACUGGAUGAAUUGGUAUUUAAAUGGUAAUUGUGGUUCAGUCAAAUAAGUGUAAAGUGUAAGUGAUGGGGCCUUCACUUACAAGGAAAGGGAUCCUGGUGUUGUCAUAGAUAGCUCAAGGAAACAGUUGGCCCUCUUUUUCAGCAUUUGUGAAAAGACAAAGUCUGUGGCUGAGGAUCAUUAGGAAAGGGGUGGAAAAUAAAACUGGCAAUAUUGCAAUUCCUUUAUAAAAAUAUAUCGUGCAACCACAGUUGGAAUACUGUAAACAGGUCUAGUUGCUGCAUCUUGAAAAGAAUAUUAUAGAGCUAGAAAAGGUGCAGAAAAGGGCCACCAGAAUUAUUAGGGUGUGUGUGUGGAACAACUAGCCUCUAAGGAAAGAGCUACAGCAUUUGGGUUUUUUUAGUUUAGGAAAAAAAGUGAAGGGGGCCAUAAGUAACGUUGUGUUGCCCCAGCCCCAGCCCACAUCCUCUGGCAUUCACAGAUGACUUUGAGGAGAUCUCAGGUCCACUUCUGAACUUGCACUGGGAUUUGCAGGUGUUUCUGCCUGCAAAGGUACGGUAAGUGAAGAACUCACUUUGUGCUGUGUUUUGAAGACCAUCAAAGGCAGUGAGAGGCUUGUUUAAAGUGUAGGAGGCUUCCACCUUAAGAGUCUUCUGUAGGUUUCUCUCUUUGGGGAAUGUACAUACGAUAAGACAUUCAUGCAAAAAAUGAAUUUAAAAAGCAGUGUUAGGAUGAAUCUUUGGCAUGUUUAACAAGGAAAGAAUAUCUCUUGUUAAUGAACCAGACAAAAUUGUUGUUGAUGCAGACUGUUCUAUUAAGUGGCAGUCCUAAAAUUCUGUUUUCAUCAGAAUUUGAAUUGAAUGUUAGUUGCACUUCACUUCAUUUCUUUUAUUGGUGUAGGGAGCCAUGGUAGAAAUUGUUUCAUAACUUUGCUGCAGCAUCAGUUAAAAUGUUUAUUCUGAAAUCUGCUAUAUUAUUUGUAUUUAAUUUUGUAUCAGCACAAAUUGAUUCAUCCAGAUUUUGUAGUAAUGGGAGAGAAGUCCGGAAAGCAGUUUCCCAUCCACCCCUUUUUAUAAUUUAACACCUUUUGAUGUCCUAAUGUUCUAUUGGGAUUGCUAUAUUACAUUACAUUAUUAAUUGUGUUAGAAUAACAAUACAAUUUUCUCUAGUUUGUCUUCCCAUUGGCCCCCAAGUGGCAAGCUGACAGCAAAGGCAAUGGCAAGCCACAAAUACUCCUUCUAGGCUGAUUAUUUUAAGCUUGCUUGCUGAUUCUAGCCACAUAGGCAGCUUUUCAAAUGAGUUUAGCUAUUCCAAAAGCUGUUCAGAAAUCCGUGUUAAAAUUCUUUCUCACGGAUCACCUAUUGUAACCAAUGACUUUGCAACAUACUUAAACCACCUUGGGUCAUCUCAGGGUGGAAAAUUAAAAAAUAAAAAUAUUGAAUAUUGUUUUUCAUAUGUGCUGCAUGUGAGUUGAGUAAAUAUUACUCCUUUCUUUAUUUCAUUUACUUGAUUUGGUUCGCAUAUUCUAACCUGCCCAGGUAGGAGUAAAUGCCUUCCUCUGGAAUGUAAUUGAUUUCCUCUUGUUGCCAUCUUGGAUGUGAAAAGCCAGUUCAGAAAAGUUACCUGGGUGUGAAAAGUUCAUUUUCAAAUAAAUGAAAUAAUUGUCUGAUCCUUCCACUUCCACUUGAUGCAGCCUAACAUAAUAAAAAGUUUGCAAAAUAACACAUUCAAAUACCAUCUCUAGCAUAGAAUAUUUUGCCAUAUUGCAUUCUGGGUCUAAAUACUUUUUUUUUUUAAGGGGUUUGUACGUGAACAAGUUGCAUAGAUUUCUGCAAACACCGUGUAUUUCAGGCUUUUGUCAUUGUGCAACGAAGAGGAGGGGCAUGCUGCCAAACUCCAUCCCACUCCAGUGCAUCACUUUUUUAUUGUUUUCAGCCCUCCAUGAGUUGGGUGGUCACGUUCUGAAACAAGGAGUGUCCUCUACUCUUGGAAGGGGGAAAGUGAUCCGCUGGAGGGGGUGGAGCGUGGCAGUGUGCCCCUGCUUUCCUUUGUGCAGUAUAAGCCACAUAGGCUGCCAUACGUCCGGAAUUUCCUGGACAUAUCUGGGAUCCGUCUGUCGAAAACAGCCAGUCCAUUGAAAUUCGUCCAGGCAGAAUUUCCUAUGGCCGAUUAAAAACCCUGGUGUAUGGCAGUCUAUAUUGGAAGUGUUGAUUUUUUUUGGUGAUUUUCAUUCAAAAAAAAGAAGCAGCUUAAAAGCCUCUUUGAGUGGGGCCUCAACAAAGCUCAGCAACUUUUCUAAACAAAGUCCGAUGUUGUGUACAAAAAUUGUAUGUGUUUAGUUAUAUGUGAGAGACUUCAGGCAUCUUCUUGUGUUAAGCAGUGCUUCAUUUCUGUAUGUGGCAUGUCCAUACUAGUUUUAACUCUUUCACCCCUGCCUGCAUGGAAGUAGAGAGAGACGAGAGUUGGAGCUAUGUAAGCUCAUGGGCAAGGCUUUUCCUAGCUGGCUAAAAAUGGUGCCUUAUCAUCCUAACCCCAUCCAUUAGUGCAUUCUUCUGUGUUAAUUGAGAGGACUGUGGUCUUUAUGUCCUGCUUGGAAGUUUGCCAAAAGCAUCUGCUUGGCAACUGUGGGAAAUGGGAUGCAGGAUGCUGGAUCCAGUAGGGAGCAAUUUAAAAGACAGUUGGUUCACAAAAACAAAUGCUAAUGUUAGAUCACAUAGGUAAUUUUGCUGAGAGAAGGCUAUGGUCUUGAAUAGAGAUUCUUUAGUUCCUGAUGGAUGGGGGACACGAGAUAUCUAGAGUUAUCCUAUCCAGAGAGAUAGGAAAAGAUGUUGUCAUUGAACUCUGAAUUGUAUCUUCAUAUUGCUCAGUUUUGUAUUUUCAGGGUUGGGAAAAUAUUUCACUUUCUUAUUUGAGCCCUGCACUGAGAUUAAAAUCUUUCAAAUUCCUGGGUUUCAGAAUAAAAAUUUCCUAGGUAGCCAUGCUCGGCAGUGUUUUGCUCAGUGUUCGAAACUCCCAUUGUUCUAGGCGCACUUUGUGAUAGGGAAUUUCAUUAGUGUGAGCAGCUUCUGAGCUCUGGGUACAGUACUGCACCUAAGAUUUCAGAUUAAAACUGCAGAGUGGAAGGAAAGGAGGACCUUUUUCUGCCUUCCCAUUUCCAGCUGCUACUCUUUGAAGACUGGAGAAGAGAUCCUGUUAGGAAUAUUAGGGGAGUGGGCAGGGGCAGGACUAGACUAUGUGGAAAAUGAACAUAAUAUUCUAGCUGCAGUUCAUUCAUUUUCAGCUGUGUAUUCUUGUUAUGAAAAGGUGAGACUAGACAUUCCAUUGUUGGCCCAUAACCUCUGUUUAAGGUGCGAUUUAGCUCCUAGUUUUCAUAUCUCAGUUUCUAAUACUUGUUUUGCUAUAUUUUAAUAUCCCCAUUUUUGCAUAUUCUGUGUUUAUAAAUGCAAAUAUACACCAUCUAUAAUUCCUGGGUGUGGGAAAAUGAUCAGAAAUAAGUGAUGGAACCGCUGUGUCUGUUGUGUAGGUGGCUCAGUUUUAAUAGUUACCAGAACUCAUUAGAGAAAAUAAGCAAUGAUAGAACAGAACUUACGUAACGUUAUAGCUUUGCUGUAUUUUGUACUGUGGUUUGUGUACCUUUUGACUUUUUUGAGAGAUGUACUAUCAAGCUAAGGAGAGGUUUUUAAAAUAAACUUGAGUUACUGUAAUAUUUCUCUAUAAUUUAUUCUUUAUCUCAGUAUACGGUCUUAAAAGGCCAUUUACAACAUAAAAACAGUCUUCAAUAAUAAAAGUUUCUAAUUAAUUGAAAAUGCAGUCAUUAAACUGUAAUGGAGUCAAGUCUUUUGUUUCCUUAUUUCAUUAGUUUUUAUCUGGCUUGGGCACAAUCUGUAGUUUGCAAUCCAUGUUUUGCUUGUCAUUCUUUCUGUAGCUGGCUGCUCUGACUUUCAUAGCCCAUCAUUCCCAGCAGUUACCUCCCGCAUGGGUAUGGUGGGAAAAAAUCGAUGUGGGGGCAAAUCCAUGCGGUGCCAAUGUCUCACUCUUUCUCCUUCCCCUUGGACAUGCAGGUGCUGCUAAAUUAGUGAACAGUCCCACUUCUCGUUUCCUGUCCUUAAACAGUGGGGUUAAGGAAGCCAUAUAAUGAAUGGCAGUUUUUGUCUCUGCAGUAGCCACAGAAAGAACAAAUAAUUCUUAAAUGUAAGAGAUGGUUUGAAUUCUCCCCCCGCCCCCUUUUGUAUUUCUUAUUUUUGUAGUAUUGGACUGGGGCUAUAUAUGGAGCUGCUGCUUUAAGCAAACUCCUGCUGUUGCAGCUGAGGGAGCCCCACCAUGCAUCAUAUGUAUGUAUACAGUGGUACCUCUGGAUGCGAACGGGAGCUGUUCCAGAAGCAUCCAGAAGCGAACGCAACCUGCGUCUGCGCGUGCCCAGGUCGCAAUUCACCGCUUCUACGCAUGCUUCAUUUUGACCAUCUGCACAUGCGUGAGCAGCGAAACCCAGAAGUAACGCGCUCCGUUACUUCCAGGUCGCCGCAGCACGCAACCCGAAAAUACUUAUCCUGAAGCUACUUCAACCCGAGGUAUGACUGUAUUGCAAGAAGAAGGGGAUUGAGGAUGGAGCUGCUCUUGGCCUUUAAGGAUAGCUACAUUGAUGAAACUCCUUUAGCACCCUUGACCAGUUCUGCACAAGCGGCUUGAAAUGAAAGACUGCAGUUUAACAACUUUUUUAGUUUAAAGCUCAUACACUUUAGUGUAUAAAGUAACUGCUAUUGAGGCCUCAAUCCCUAUGAGCACUUAACAGAGAAUAAGGCCUUUUGAAUUUAAGGGGGCAUACGUCUAAGUGAAGAUGCAUGCAUAGCAUCAAAGCAUGCCCUUUUUUCAGUUAGAUUUUACACAUUGUUUGUGGCUUCUCUCUGUAUGCUGUUAAGAUCCAUAUUCCUGGGCUGACUAUGAUGUGUUUUGCCCUCUGUAUGCUGUUAGAGAAGGACAGAUUAAAGGAAGUGAAUCUGGGUCACUUGCUUAUCAUAAAGGAAGGCUCAGCCCUUUAGCAACUGUACUGAGUCAGAGUUCUUUUCAUGUGCUAGAGAAAGUAGUAAUUCCCUUGAAUUGUUGCAUUAAGAGUACAUUUCACCUUAAUAUUUUAUUCUUAUGGACUGGCCCUAUCGAGGAGAAGCUCGUAAGGCAAACAAGCGGUCAUGGAACACUCUUCUGCAUCCACAGUCUUCAAAAUUUAGGGAGGCAAAGGAAAAAACAACCAGUGGGAAACUUAUACUGCAUAACAUUUUAAUGUGUUUCAGUAACAUUUACAUCUAUAUCAACGUAAUACUUUCCAGUUGACAAAAAGCAAUUUGACAGUAUCUGUGUGCCUUUUAGUUGAUUUAUAAACAGAAGUGACAACUGUGGGAAUGAGUUCCACUGUUUAUUUAUGUGCUGUGUGAAGGAGACAAAAGAAAGUACUACUCCACACAGUGCAUAGUUAAACUAUGCCAUGGAAUUUGCUUCUAUGGGAGGUAGUGAUGGUGACCACUUGGAUGGCUUUAAAAGGAGAUUAGACAUUUAUUAUUAUUACUGCGUUUCUGAUUCAUUUCAGCAGAAGAAACCCCCCCCCCCCAAAAGUAAUAAAAAAAGGAAAAAAGAAUUACAUAUUACACAAUAUGUUACAUUAAAAAAUACAAUCAUUGAUGGACUUCCCUUCCUCUCCUUUCUUGGUUUCUUGUAUAUUCCACUUCGUCUCACGUUUUCUUUGUUUCCCCAGUCUUUCUCUACUCCUCCCAUUAAUUCUAGUUCUAACUUACACUGCUGAACAUACUAAGAUGAGACAAAUUCAUUGUCCUAGGCGCAUUUUGCAACAGGGAAUUUCAUUAAUGCGAGCAGCUUCUGAGCUCUGGACGCAGUACUGCACCUAAGAUUUCAGAUUAAAACUGCCGCUGCUGGAAGGAACCUUUUUCUGCCUCCCCACUGCCAGCCAUCCUGAAGACUGGAGAAGGGACCCUCAUAAGAAUAUUAGGGGGACGGGCAGGGGAAGUAUGGCUUUUUUUGGGGGGGGGCAGCCUUCAGAUGAGGACUAGACUAUGUGAUUUUACCAGUUUAUGAGGAGCAGGCUGCAGUUUAUUCAUUUUCGACUUGGUAUUCUUGUUAUAAAAAAGUGCGCCUAGACAAUCCUUUGUGGCACCUAUAACCUAGGUUUAAGGUGCCAUUUAGUUCCUAGCUUUCAUAUCUCAGUUGCUAACACUGAUGCCCAUAUUAACUGGCAAUAUUUCAGUGGCUGGGUGGUUGUUGUUUUGGUUACCAUCUGGCACACUAAAAAACAAAAACAAACCCAGAAUACCACCUCCAUCCAUGUCCAUGCUUGAGAUUUGUAUUGGCACUUGGUUGGAUACUGUUGGAGACAGUGUUCUGGACUCGGUGGACCCUUGACCUGGUCAAUGUAUUUGGUAUGUUCCCAGUAAGUAAAUAAGGAGCAUAUAAGUAGAAGACUUGUAGCUAAUUUUUGAUAGCCCUUUUUUAAUCCUGUAAAACAUUAAUUUACAUUGGCAAUAAUACCUUGCCGUUAAAGAAUUUAUAUAUUGUUUAUGUUGUACCACAUUUCAUAAUGGCAAGGUCAAUGCUUUUGAAGAUCCUUUCAGUUCUGUAAGUAACAUAUAAAUUAGCCUUUAACUUUAUAAUAUAAUUUUUCAUUUUAUAGUGAAAUAAAAUCUAUUGUGUUUGCUAAAGUUGUUGAUUUCCUCAACUUUACUAAUAACUUAAUCUACUUCAUUUACAGGAAGUGUCCAUCAAAGCUUGCUUGCUUCAACAGACACAAAAAAGUUAAUGGGCAAAAGUACAGUUUUUAGGUAGGUAGAUAUUUUCUUAGUGUGUGUUAGGUUUUCUAGGAAAGAUUUUCUAGUAAUGUUUGUAAACAGAUAAUAAAUAAAGUUUUUCACUGAUAAAUAUUUGAUCCAGUCCAGGAUGGAAAAGUAACCUGAAUGUUUGUAGGCAAUUUUGCAAUCUUUUAUUUUAAUUUAUUUUUUGUUGAACUUUGCAUAUAAUGGCAGUUCAGUAUUGUGGAGGGUUUGUAAGAUGAGUGUUUUUCUUGUGAAAAUAUUUUGGAAUACUUGGGACGGGGGAAAUGCCCAAAUGGGAAGUUUGCUUCCAAUGUUAUAGUUCUAAUAAGUCAAAUUGCUGCUUUUAAACUGAGUUGGUAACACUUUGUUGUGGUUGCAUUACCAUUUUAGUUAGUCAUAAGUGAAGUGUACCCUGUGUACAUUUUUGUACAUUAUUUUAGUGGUUUUGCGAUUGGCAUUUUUGAAGCCACCUUGAGUGCCCAUUGGGCCAUUUGUUAAAAGGUAUGUUUAUUCAAUGUAUUUAUUUGAACCUUAAUAUUAAAGUGUUUAUUCAGUUCCUCUCACUGAUCCAACAUUUGAGACUGCAUGCACAUAACUCUUCAGGGAAAAGCACUGCUCAGCUGUUUGGAAGUAGGAAUAGGCAAUUUGUUUCAGUUCCUUGCUUUUCCAUCCUGUUCCAGCCAAGCAGUUGAACAGCUGGAUUUUAAGAUUUUUGGAAGGGGCUUUCCACACGAAGCCCUGAUUGAUGCACAUGUGUUCCUUUUUUUGAGAUUAGGAUAACUGUCUGGUAUUUGUGCUAACAUAUUGUGAUGGAAAACCUGUUCAGCCUUAAGAACCCUCUUGACCUUAACAGUCCUAUGUAUUGUUUACACAGGAGUAAAUCCCACUGUGCUUGCUUACUUCCUGAUAAGCAUGCAUAGGAUUGAAGACUUAGAGCAGGAUUCAUUGAAGACAUUUGCUAGUGAAGCAGGGAUUUCUCCCUUCCCUGUCCCCUGUGUAUCACCCAAAUUGGGCUCUGGUGGGGCUGGGAGAACCAGAAGGAGAAUAUGGGGGGGGGGGGGGAGAGAUGUUCCAUCUGGCAAGUUGAAAAGCUUGUUGUCCUGGAAUGAUUGCCACAGAGCUGCAUUGAAUCCCAGCAAGUUCAAAACCUCAUGAGUUCUGCAUACUUGAGGGAAAUCGCUUCCAUAUGUACCUGCAUGUCUCCUUUGAUCUCUUUUGGAAGUGGUGCACCGUAUGCCACCACUAUUGGAAUAUUUUAAAGCUAUGUCCUAAUAUCUUUGAUUAAAGAGUUAUUCAGGGAAAUGUCUUCAGAGAGUUGUAGGUGGUAGACCUCCCUUUUAUAAGUAUAAGAGAGCAAAGUUUGAUGAGAAGACUCUCCCUCGGAGGAAAAAUAUUUCAAAUUCCUAAGAGUCUGCAUCAUGUACUAAGGACAGUACCCUGAGCAAACUUGAGGGAGAGCAAGAAUGCCAAAUUGUUUGGUGUCAGAAGCAAAUGUUAAGAUGUUUGGAGGAAAUGUACAGAAUUCCCUCCCAGCUCCAAUCUAUAAUUAAUCAGACAUGAUUUGAAUUAAAUAUCUUCAAAGAGGAGUCUUACAGUUUGUAACCUUAAACACUAGAUAUCUAAAAUCUGAAUAUGAUUUUUGCCUUCCCUUAAAGAGCUUGUUAUUCUUACAAAAUCUGUUCUGCCCUUUUAUUACUUCUCAGACAAGAUGUAAACUACUGUUGAACAGAUCAUAUACUAACUACCCCAUUAUGACAACAUCUUUCUCUUAGCUGCUGUUACCACAGCCAUGUGGCUAUAAGUAUGCCUAUACUUGGCAAUGCAAAUCCCUUGUCUUGGCUGGGGAAGGGUACUCAAGUUAAUGUUUUCCCUUGCCACUUAGAGAUGCUUCAGGUUUCACUCUUUCUUCCCUUGUGGGAGUGCACAUGGAGGCAAUUCUCCUGAUGAAAAUAAAAAUGAUGAGAGUGCCUAAACCACACUGGCUUGUGGGACAGACCUAGUUUUUCCAAGAAUUCCAGAAGUAGGUUCAUAUAUCUCGUUUAUACUUGUGAGUAGACUCCAGUAUAAGUUAUUGCUAAUAAUACCUAUUUCAAAAGCUGUGCUUUCUAAGAAGUAGCCAUCAGUAGAUGGAGUAUGGGUGAGGAAUUACUACAGUUUCUUAGUUUUGGUGGAAUGAGUAAAGAUUUAUAGUUUGAAUUUAAGAAAAUAUUACAAUUUAAAUCCUUUAAAAACAGCCAUAGAGGAAUACAGUAUGGGAAAACUGGGAGGCUAGAACUAAUUAUCACUGGAGGAAGAAAGUACUUUGAUCUUUGAGACUGAGGCUAGGAAGGUAAAAAUCGUGCCUAAUGGAAGAUUCUUCAAAGAGAGCAAGCAUUAGCGUAAUAUGUGUGAAAUGACAAUGCUAUUAUUGCUCCACUCCCUGCUCCAAAAAGGAGGAAAUUACCAUACUUUUUGCUCUAUAAGACGCACUUUUUCCCUUCUAAAAAGUAAGGGGAAAUGUGUGUGCGUCUUAUGGAGCAAAUGCAAGCUGCGCAGCUGUCCCAGAAGCCAGAACAGCAAGAGGGAUCGCUGCGCAGCAAAAGCAGAGACCCCUCUUGCUGUUCUGGCUUCUGGGAUUCAGAAUAUUAUUUUUCUUGAUUUCCUCCUCCAAAAACUAGGUGCGUCUUAUGGUCUGGUGCGUCUUAUAGAGCGAAAAACACGAUAUAUUUUCCUUUGGCUAAAUAUGGCAACUCCGCUCAGGAGAUGGGUGGAUUAUCAUUGUCUCUAUAGUUGAUGUGCAAAUGGGGAAACAUUCCAUGAAAGUUCCUUAUGUUUACUAGGCAACCUUGGCAUGAUCGGAUCAUAGAGUUGGAAGGGACCCUGAGGAUCAUCUUAGUCCAACCCCUUGCAAUGCGGGACUAUGCAGCUGCCCCAUAUGGGAAUCAAACCUGCAGUCUUGGCAUUAUUAGCACCACACUCUAACCAACUGAGCUAUCCAGGCCUGGGUGAUGUAUCGAUACGUUGCCCAGAACCGGUUUGAGGGCCAGAGCAAGAUGGUGCCUCCACCUGGCAGUAUAUUGCAGGUGAGGCUUGCUUGGGCCUCCUUCCUUCCUGCAUCAAAGGUACAGCACAAACUUCUGAGGAACAGGAUCAAACUUAAAUCUGCUAUGGUUACUGAUUGAUGUCUUUCUGCUGGCAGUUUGUAACUUUAAGUGCAAGUAUUGAUAACUACAAAGCAAUUCUGCCUUCUUUUUUUAGUGAGGGCAAUGCAAUGGUAGUAAUAGUAGGGUAGGGUAGUGUUAUAAUGAGAAGGGAGUAAGUUGGCAAAGAACAGUCUUUCUGGCUUCACUGCAUGCAAGAUUACCUUGGUUGACUCUACUCUUCUUCACCCUUGCUAGGAGCAGCAGCUGCCACCAACAAUUUCUCAGCUCAUCAUCACUUUGCUCAGCUAGAGUAAAAGAGGAGAUAAUCCCCUUAGCCUGUUAAAUACUGCAUUCCAUUUUGUAGGUGAUUUGUGAGCCAAUUGUGAAGUGAGAGCGCUACCUAAGUGUAUUGGGAAAACCUGGAAUUUACUUUUGUGUGAAAUAAAAAUUAGAGGAGUGAAGGGGGAGCUGUGGAUUCCAUCCUACUCACCCCAAAAAAGGCUUUCUUGUUAGUUUUCAGGAAAAAAAUGGAUUAUGGAAUAUUUUCUUUUAGAAUGAUGGGGAAAAAAUGUUUAAGCCAAGGUGUUCAUAUAUUUACUCCCCUGAAAUGAUUUCUAAAAACUAUGUAACACAAAGGCUUUCUGUAAGACUAUGUACAGUGUCAGAUCAUUGCAGCUCCUGUGCACUGAGGACAAACAAGCCCUGAGUUGUAAACAGAGACUACUACUAUCAACCUUAAGAGCAAGAUGCAUUUGUGCCUCUAUGGGCACUGCCAUUGUCACAGGAGGAGGAAGGUUUCAGUGCCUUCUUUGCUUGUGGGCUUCCUUUUGUUGGCAUAGUUGGUGCAUCUGUUUCUGUCCUUGACUAGGCCUCAAAGGACUGGAGCAUAGUACAGGGCAACAAAAAAGAGCUGAAAGUGUGCUUAAAUUACCUGUAUGGUAUAUUUAUUGAAUCCUUCUUGCCUAGUCCCCCCUUUUUCUCAACUGUUUUUAUGGAAAUAAGUGUUUUAUGUCUGCUUGACACUGUGAAGUACUGUAGGAUACAUAAUAAUUUUCUUUGUUUUACUAAUGUUGUUUUGUUUCUUCUGUUUUUAUCGGUUUUUGCCUGCUCCUCAUAAACUAGCGAAACCAGAGAUUCCUUAUAGCUCAGGUUCCUUACAGUUCAGCAGUUUGUAGCUCAAUUUGUAACAAAAAAAUAUAAAGUAACUUCAAUUUCGAAUUAUUGUCUGACUAAACUGCUCUUUUAAUAUACCAAACAUAUAUACCAAAAUAUAAAUAAUACAGUCUGUGUUCCUAAAGUACGAAAAUUGCUUUCAAUCUGUAAAGGGUGCGAGAGAGAGCGAGAGAGAGAGCGCGUGCGCGCAAUAACUUUCACUGAACAUUAGUGGCUGGAUAUAAAAGAAGCUGGCAUAAGGAGGACAUCAUCAUAUAUGACUUUGUUUUAUUGUUGUCUGAGCCCUUCAUUGCUACAGUACUCCAAACACACAGCCUUGUUGGUAAAAAAUUAAGAAUGUUACGACUAAGCAGAGAUUUGUACUGUACGCAUUUCUCAGCUUCCACUGCCCAUUAACAAAGUAGGUAUAAUAGUUGCCUACUUCAUGGUAUUAUUGUGAGGGCAUACAAGUAGUAAAGUAAUUUGUGCAUUUUUAGGAACACAAGGCAAUUGUUUAUUUAAUAGUAGUGUAUACAAAUGAGUGGUGUAGAUUGUAGUCCUGUAUCCACUUGGGAGUAACUCCCAUUCAACUUCUGAGUAGGCAUGUAUAGAUCAAACUGUUAACCAUCAAUAGCUAGGGAACUGGACUGUAGAAUUUUGGUUUGAGAGAAGCUAUACAUAGUGCUGGGUUUAGCACAUUUUGUUUUGUGGAGCUGGAGGUGCUACAUAAAAAUGAGCAUGAUUUGGUUCAGAUGUAACACUAAACUAUGGCUUCUGUGUUUCCUGCUUCCUUCUUUGUCACAGCCACAAGAAGAUUGGAAACUUUCGUUUCUGUUUUCAGCUAACUGGUGAUCAUUUUAGCCAAAACCAGAACUGUGGUUAACUUUAACUGUGGUUUAGGGAAACAUAUCCUGGUUUAAGUUUGGUUCAUUCCCCAAAUGAGAGAUUCAAAUAUAAUGAGUAACUUUGGUUUUCAACAAACAAAUAGAAGCAAAUGCUUCCUCUUGCCUGUGGUAGAGGAGUAUUACAGUAAACCAUAGUUUAGCAAACUGUUAGAACUGGAGUAUGUAUGUGUGUUUUUAAGCAUCGUUAAAUUCAGGAAUUGCUUUACUUUUGUUCCAGAGAUUAAUGCCAUAUUCUUAUAAUGUAGGUGACAAACAGCAUGUUUGGUGCUUCAAGAAAGAAGUUUGUAGAGGGAGUCGACAGUGACUACCACGAUGAAAACAUGUACUACGGCCAGCCUUCGAUGUUCCCACAUCGAUCAGAAAAAGAUGUAAGUUUUUAUUAACACUAACUUAUUUUUUCCAUUUUUAAAACUGGUUAAAAAUACAUGAUUUUGUAAUCAGGGAUACCAGAGUUAAUUAGCUUGAAUUACCAUACAUGCUGCACAAAAUGUGCAUAAGUGUUCACACUUGCGAUAGAUUGGAAAACUCAAGUCCUCAAGUGUAGAUCUAACCAUUAACUGGAAAAAUUGGCAUUCGUGGCUAGCAUUUAACAUAUUUAGUGCUAUAAUCAGAUUUCCAGGCACCACCUUAUUUAUUUAUGUAAGCAUUUUUGCUCUAACUUUCCAAUAUGUAUGUAUUUACUCAAGGGAGCUUUUGCAGAUUAAAAUUCACAAUAAAAUAGUAAUAUGAAAGAAAACACAACAAAAGCAGGCACAGUAGGCAAAAUCUCUUGAAUAAACAACUGGAAAAUAUUUGAUAUCAUAUUUAGGUGCACACAUGGUACUUGAGUGUUUGCAAGCUCCACGUUUGUGCCACACAGAUCUGUGGCAAUGCAUGCCCUUCAACUAACUAGGAACUAUAAAAUGGGUAGCUUGUUCUUGUGCCUGAGUGCCUUGUGAAGCUAUCACACAGGACAUGAAGGAAAUAAUCAUCUCCAGUUAUUCAGAAUAUGAAGUUUAUUGCUCUGCUGCCUGUAAAUAUGGAGGCCCCAUUUUGCCUCCAGUCAUUCCUGAAAGCUUUUAUAAUGCACCUAUUCAUAGUCCAGUGGCUCUUUUGCACUAAAUGCAAACUAGGGAUCACUCCAAACAUUCCAGUAUUCAGUUUUUCACAGAGAUAGAAAUGCUAUUUAUGCUCAUGGAGCUUUUCAUUGGCAUAUGACUUUGUGGUUGAUCAUCCUUGAUAAUAAGUCCAUCCAAUCCCCCCCCGCCCCGGUUCUUUGUCCUAGUCCCCAUGCCACAAAUAUUUAUACAUCAGUGGCCUAAGAAAGGAAAAAUAAAAACACUUUUCCAAUUUCCAAAAAGCUUUUCUGCUUAGUUACUUUGUGGUGACCUGCCAACUGGUGACAAACUUCGCAGUGGGCUAGUUUUCAGUGAGGUGGCAAGCCUAUUGUUGGGCAGUACCACUUCAGACUACAAGUGGAAGAAAGUUCAUAUGACUGAAUACCCCUCUGUUUUGAAAAAAUAAAUAAAUCUGGAAAGCUAAACUACAACACCCUGUCAUACAGUUAUCUAUGUAGAGAGAUGCUUUAUGUACAGGAGCAAUUGAUGCUGUAAACUUCCACCUGCAGUCUGCGCGAAACAGCUCAGACUGAGAACUAGGUCAAUGAUACUUAGUGAGUCAGAUAAUCUCUGUUAGGUUUAUUGUGCUGAUAACAAGUCAGAAUGCAGAAAAUGUGCACAUUACUGCACAUAUGUCAUAGAACCAUUUUUUUCUGUGAGUUUUGAAUAAUAAUUUUGGAUGUUAGAAAUUUAUGGUGAAUUGAGAGUAUUAAUAAAUCAUGGAUAGCCUUGCAUUCUGAGUGUCACAUUGAGAAAUUUCCUCCCUUUCAUGUCAAAUUGUUUUAUUAAAUGUGAUUAUUUUGAAUUAGAGCCUGAAUAGUUUAUUAGUAUUUUUUUUCUUUGGGUACUAUUGCUCAUCUAACUAUUUCCAGAAUUUUCCCCAUGUGCAUUCCUAUUUGCAUCUGUGUUUUUGGAGCUUUCCAACCUCCCCCUUCCUCCUGCAACUCCCCGUGGUGCCUUGGGAGCUUCUCAGUCUUUCUCAACCUCAAUCUUUUAGAGCAUAUUUCGUAGGAGAGGGGCACUUGGGAGCUUCUGUGCAGAAGCACAAGUGCUGGCUUUGUAACUUCAGAUACUUCCUGUAUGUUCCAUUAUCUGUUCUGUUAGUGGUGGUCACUAACUUAGAGAACCUUCCUAACCUCAGUUUACUGAAACUGAGUCCUUGUACACAGCUCUGUAUAGCAAAAUGUAACUAACAAUAGUCCUAUUCAGGCAAAAGCUUGUGGGUAUAAAGUGGGGAGGGCACCUGCACACAGGGCUCCACUCCCAGUGACUGCUGGUUCUGCUUCCGAACUUCUGGUAUUAAAUGCAAGAUCCAAAGAAGGGCGAUUCUAAGCUGAACAUGCUUAGAAGCCUCUUCUUAGCCAAGAACCCUGUGUUAUUACUUUUAUACAUCUUCAUAUGAGCACGCUUAGAACUCCACUUCAGACCUAUGCACCCAACACACAAAGAAAGUUCGAAGGGUGCCAGAGUUCACUGGGAGGUUGGUAGCAGGGCCUUCUCUGCACACUGCCUUCAGUAAAGGUAAAGGGACCCCUGACCAUUAGGUCCAGUCGUGGCCGACUCUGGGGUUGCGGCGCUCAUCUCGCUUUAUUGGCCGAGGGAGCCAGCGUACAGCUCCCGGGUCAUGUGGCCAGCAUGACUAAGCCGCUUCUGGAGAACCAGAGCAGCGCAUGGAAACGCUGUUUACCUUCCCGCCGGAGCGGUACCUAUUUAUCUACUUGCACUUUGACGUGCUUUCAAACUGCUAGGUUGGCAGGAGCAGUGACCGAGCAAUGGGAGCUCACCCCAUUGCAAGGAUUCAAACCACCAACCUUCUGAUCAGCAAGCCCUAGGCUCUGUGGUUUAACCCACAGUGCCACCUGCGUCCCACACCGCCUUUAGCUCCCUACUUUAAACCUGCACAUGCUUGCCCCAAACACAUGAAUUGCAGUUAAAACUUGCCUGCAGUAGAUGAUUUCACAACUGCCUUCAUUAAUUUUCUUAAAGAGUUUAAUAUUGUAGAAAUACUUUAUUAUCCUAUCCUAUCCUUGACCGACUAUUUACCGUUUUAGAUGCUGGCAUCACCUUCAACAUCAGGUCAGCUGUCUCAGUUUGGGGCAAGUUUAUACGGGCAUCAAAGUAAGUAUUCUAUUCUAAGUUAUAUGUGAAUGUACAGGCUUGUAUAAGUUGUUUUGCAAACAUGCUGGCUUAAUGUUGCUUUUUCUUUGCCUACCACUGUGAUUUCAGUGUAUCUUUAGAAUCUUGUUCUUUCUUUAACCAACCCCUGAAAGGUCAAUGGAGUGCAACAUACAUUUCUAGUGGCCUACCUUCUGUCUAAUAGGGAGGUUUUCCUAGGUUACAAGAGGCUGAAUAUCCUCUAUGGGACAGUGGAUUUUUUCUCUCAUAGGCCUAGUUCACACACCACAUUAAACCAUAGUUAAAAUAAACUAUGGUUUAAUGUGGUGUGUGAACUAGGCCUAUGAGAGAAAAAAUCCACUGUCCCAUAGAGGAUAUUCAGCCUCUUGUAACCUAGGAAAACCUCCCUAGUUAAAAUAAACUAUGGUUUAAUGUGAACAAGCAUGGUCCUGGUGCAUGCUGCUGAAAUUGCAUCUUUUCUGCUCUUGUUGCUGCUGUCUUGCCUGGAAAUAAGGCAUGUAGCUUGUAUUGUCUGAAUCUGGCCUCGUGGUUUAUUUCUCUGUGAACAAACCAUGAUCAGAAACCAGCUUGGCUUACCACUUGUGGUUUGUUGGGAGGAAACAGAAUCAUGUGGUUUGUUUCAGAAACAUACAGGACCAUACUACAACUUGCUUCCUGGCAGUGUGGCAAGUGUGAGAGAAGAAGGAAGUGCUUGCAAUUUCAGCACUGUACAACAAGCACAUUGCUCGAUCACAUUAAACAAUAGUCUGUUUUAACUAUGGUUUGAUGUGAAGUGCAAAUCAGGUUAUAUAGCUAUUAAAUACAGCUGAUUUUUCAUGACUUUUGGGGUGGGCAACCUCUCCUUGACUCUAAAAUGAAAAACAGCUGGGCUGAAUUUAUUAGUUUAGCGGAUAUCUGGAAAUAAUUCUGUAGGUCAGGAUUAUUUCCAAGUCUGGAUAAACUGCCAACAGGAAUUAAAAGUGAAAGUAGACAAAAGCAAUUCCUUUGCCUUACAAGACUGUCUAGGAAUUUAUCUUCAUUUCAGCAGGCAAAUGUAGAAAUCUCUUAACUGCCCACAAGAAAUUCUCCGUGUGAUGCAACAAUGUGCUAAUACUUCCCCCGCUUCAUAUUAGCCAGUUAUGAUAUAAUAAAGACAGAAUUGCUCUCAUGAUUACUAACAUCUAAUUCCUCACAACUAAGGUGUUUUAGGAGUCCACAUUUUUUUUUUAAAAAAAAUACCAAUCAUGUUGAUAGCCUGAUGUGUUAUUUCUUUUCAUACCCAUAUUCAUGAGCAGGAAGGCACGGUGGUAUUUGUGGCACAAAUUUUCCCUGUGAAGAGCAAGCAGGGGUGGCAAACAGUAGGAAGCCUGGCUAGACAAUUCAGGUGGUAAUGUUGGUUUUGGCACAUGAAGCCACAGCUCCCAGUGCAGAACAAAGGCUAAUCACAGCCCUAGCCCAAACUGUUGGAGGCCUGAGGAGCCAGACUCACAUGGAUGAAUGGGUCUCUGCUGUGAGGGAUAUUGGCAACGCUCAUUCAGGGAAAUGGCUAGGUGCAAACCUUUUAAGAUCUUUGCUAGAGCUCCCCGUGGCAAAACAAAAGACUCAUAUGCACUGCCUUUUAAUUGACUUUAAUAUUGUACCAAUUAAUCAGCAUUUUCAACAUUAAUAUAAAUAGUGCAGAAUUUUGAAAGUAAUGACCCAAACGUUAUUUCUUGGGCAUAAUGAAUGGUCCAGGGUGUGGUUUUCACUUUGAUUUUCCACAUAUGUUUUCACUAAUAAUAUAGAAGGUAUUGCAAUGCAAAUAUAGUCUACUCUUUAAGAAGCCUAUUUCUUUGUUGACGGAAAAUGGAAAGUGAAAAGUUGUACCAAGGGCAUGCCUUCUCCUUUUCCAAGUGCUUUUUAAUAUUAUGUAGAUCUAUCUCUGAAACCGUGAUUUACAGCAGUAGCCCAAAAUGAAACCAAACCCAGCAGCAGACCCUAAAAAGAGCCGCAGCAUGUUGAGAUAAACAGUACUUACCAUAUUCAAAAUUCCAAGUUAUGCAGACACAUAGGAAUCAGUUAAAUAUAUUUUAUGACGAUGAAGAUUAAAACAACUUAUAAGCCACUCCAAAAUAAAUACAUACCAACUGAUGCAUGUAAAAGAACUGUUGAUUGCUCUUAGGCAAACCAAUAUUAACAGCUUCUUUCACAACACAUAGCGUGUUGUAAAACUGAUGACAGUACAUAUUUUUUCCAUACUGAUCUUCCUACUUGCUCUUUUUUAAUUUGAGUAGUCCCAGUUUGCAUACUGCACAUGAAAAAAUGUUUCUAUAUUUUCAAACAAAUGUGUCACAUGCAAUGGAUCAAUGGCAAAUCAGUAGGUUUGCCACUUGAAUAUUUAAUACAUUACCUUUAACAAGGGCAAAUGAGUUUAAAGUUGGGGGCUUGUAUAUCAACAAAGUUGGGUAAAACAAAAGCCCAUAUUUACCACUGCUUAACAUAUAGGUAUAUAGUCUUUUUUGUUAAACCUUUAGGUGGCUUGGUUUUUGGAAUAUAGAAACUUCUCUGCAGAAGUUUGUGGUACUUCAGAUGGUCUAGACGCCAAAUAAAACUUCAUAACAUACUCAUUGUGUUCAUAUUCACAGAUGUGUUGCAAAAGAGGAGAAUGAAUCUUGACUGCAGUUUGUAGUUAGCAAGGGGAGAGCUUAUACAUGACCUUGGGUUCAAAUGACACAAUAAGCCAAACCUUGAUUUAACUAGGCAUAAGAGUUUUUUAAAAGGAAGGAAGAGAGAAGGAAAACAACAGGGAGGAGCGAAGACGCUUUGAGCUCCUUUCCAGAAGCCUGCACAGUUCUGUGGUUCUAUAACUAUAAUGUGAAAACCAGGCCAUUGUCUAGUGAGCUGGUGAAGGAUUUCAAUCAUAGGCACUUAGUGACUAUGUUUUGAUGCCUAGUUUCCUUUGGCAUUCAUUCUUCUUGCAUAGCUGUGAAGUGGUCAGAUUUGUAUUUGAUUAACUGCCACUUGUCAGCUGAACCCAGCAAAUUCUGGUUAAUCUUGCUUUGUUUCAAACAGACUGUGGGUAACUUCAAACAGUAGUUUAUGAAGCUGAGUCCCCGCCCCCAAUAAACCAUAGUUAAGAUUAACUGCUUAUUAGAAUUCAGAUGAAAUGCUAAUCUGGUUAAUCUAAAUGGGAAGCAACAGCUUCUGAUUUCAUGGCACUGCAGUGGGAGAGGAAACAUACAAGUCUGGGGAGAGACUAGGUUUGUUCCUGUCAUAAUUAACACAGCCUGAACAAAGCCAAUAGAGCUUACAAUCAAUGUAAGUGACAUUGCAGUCCACCAAUAAAUACUGGAAAUGAAGACUUCUGGUAUACACUUUUUUAAAAUCCGGAUGUUUUAAAGCAAAUGGAACAGUUUCUGUUAGUGAAUUUUGUUUGGAGCCAAUAUUUGCUUAGGAGGCUUAUGGUGCCCUUCAAAUUAAAAAUAAGUUCUAAAAACAUAGCUGUUGCUUGAAAAUCUCACUUUAAAAAAAAUGUUUUGUCAAUCAAACACAUUAACAUUUCAGGGGAAACUAUAUAUUAAUAUAUAUGUAAGUAAUUUAUCUCCAAAAUGAAGUUUCCUUUACCCAACUUAAAAAAAAAAAAAAGUUUGGAAACUGCACCCACUGAAUUUAGAACUGAUUUCAUAAAAAGAUAGCCUAUUGUGUGCAUUUUUGUUUUUUUAAAAAACUACCCAGCACAUUUGGCUGUCAAAUCAGAAUGAAUACCCAUUUUCGCGAAAGCCAUACUUGUCUUCCUUAAUUCUCUACAUUGCCACUCCUCUGACUUUUUUCCAAUAGGUGCACUAGGCCUUCCAAUGAGGGGAAUGAGCAACAAUACCCCUCAGUUAAAUCGCAGCUUAUCGCAAGGCACUCAGUUACCGAGCCACGUAACGCCAACAACAGGGGUACCAACAAUGUCACUUCACACGCCUCCAUCUCCAAGCAGGUAUUUAUUGACAGCACUUAUUUCUGCAGGGGUUCCUAAAAUAUGUAGCAUAUGUUUUUACUUUAAAUUAUUUUGCAGUGCACAUACAUUAAAAAGAACAAUGUUUUAAUUUUCUAGAUUACGGCUUGUGUUUUGAGGGUACUGGAGGAAAGCUUGUAAUGCAAUAUUGAUCCCAGCCUUUGGAAAAGAAUAUUCACAUUCUGCUGUGCAGCUUGUUAAAAUAAGACACUAUAUAUAUGAAAUGUCCUAAACUUGCUCACCCUUUUAAAAAAAAAUCUGAAACUAACCAAUCUAGGGAAAAACUUUGGGAGCCCCUGCCAGUCAAGGUAGACAAUACAGGCAGCUCUUUAUAUGCGUAUGUUUCUAAUAGCCAGUUUGUUUAGAUGCAAUUCUGAAAAGAAUGGUUUGCUGUGACUGCUUCAAAAUGACGAUAUUCUGCUGAACAUCAUUGUAUCUGUUGGAUCUUCUUUUCCAGGGGUAUAUUGCCUAUGAAUCCUAGGAAUAUGAUGAACCACUCCCAGGUCGGUCAGGGCAUCGGAAUUCCCAGCAGGACAAACAGCAUGAGUAGUUCGGGAUUAGGCAGCCCUAAUCGAAGCUCACCCAGCAUAAUCUGUAUGCCAAAGCAACAACCCUCUCGACAACCUUUUACUGUGAACAGGUAAGGCAGAUUCAGUAUUAGGAACCAAUUUGCUGCUAUGAGCCAAGCAAAUGAUCUGAAUUUUCAAAGCUGGGUUAUGAGUUAAAUUAGGUCAAUUUUUGUGGGAAAGUGAAUGGGUAUUAUUAUUAUUAUUAUUAUUAAUAAUAAUAAUAAUAAUAAUAAUAUUUUAUACCCCGCCCAUCUGGCUGGGUUUCUUUUGAAAUGCUUUCACCAGUUUUUGCAGCCCUACAAACUAAAAUCAAAACUUUUUUAAAACAAAUGUAUCAAAACAUAAUUAUUUAGGAUUGUAUUGAAUGCUACACCAGUGGCACAGCAGGACUUUCCCCCACCCCACCCAAAAUCUGCUCCAGUGUGUUGCCAACUCCCCACCCCCCAGAUGAGGUUGAGAGUGCAUGAGGAACAAGAGAGGAUGAGGAAGAGCCAUUGUGAGCAUGGGUGUCUUACUGUUCAAGUGGAACAGCAGCCAAAGCUGACUUGCGAUGCAUUAGGAUUAGUUAGCUCGUAUUGCCAAGCUUUGUGUUAAAUGUGUCAACUCUCCCAGCUCAAGGAGCAAUAUGAACAAGUGAACUUCAUGUAUGUAAUGGAGCUUCUCUUCUUCUGACAUAAACCCAUGUCGCACAAGCUGCCCUUCCUUCCAUCCAGAACAGCACCACUGAAACAGAUCAAGCCCUUACACAAAUAUAAUGGGCUUCUCUGGAUAAGAUAGUGCAGGCAUAGGCAAACUCGGCCCUCCAGAUGUUUUGGGACUACAACUCCCAUCAUCCCUAGCUAACAGGACCAGUGGUCAGGGAUGAUGGGAGCUGUAGUCCCAAAACAUUUGGAGGGCCGAGUUUGCCUGUGCCUGAGAUAGUGCUUAUCAUCUACUCAUCCUGAUCCAAGCUUUUUUAAAAGGACUAGAAAAAGAAAGCAAACUUGAAAUGGAACACCUUCUAGUCACCCAUGUUAACCUGCUGAGAUUCAGUCUUGGAUGCUUGUAGACCAAAAAUUAACAUUUAGUACACUGGUAUCAUGUAUUUAUAAUUCCAGACAGAAUAACUCGAAAGUGGUGAUAGGAAGUAAAAUAAUGUUAUAUAUUUAGUAUUUAAGUUGCAGUAUAGGUAAUGUAGAUCUUCAUAUAAGGAAACAAAUACAAUUGCUAAUAAGCAAGUUCCCAUAUCUAAGGGAGGUCAUAUCUGUACUUUAUCAAAUUUAGCCAAGGUUUCUUUUAAAACCUCUUAAAUUAUUAACUGGCUUCAGUUCUCAACAGUUUUUGUACAGUGAAGACUUCUGUGUUUGUGCAGUUGUUUCAUAGAGAAAUCUUUUCACUCACUGGGUCUGUUGGUCAAUGUAAUAUCCAUUUUCUGAACAUUUUUAGUCUGGAAGAUGUGCAAUAUUGGUAUUACUGUGCUUUAAGAAUACGAGUGUUAGACAUAAAUUUUACCAAGGCAUAGGCCAAUAGCUAACAAAGAACUGUAUAUGCUCCUGCAACAUGUUUAAUUUAAAUAAGAACUGUUAAAACAGAAACCUGUUCAGCCAUCAUUCCAGUUUUCUGACAGUGAACAAUACCAAUCAUGCCAAACAAUGCAUUUUUAAAAACAGAAGGCAGGUCUGUCAGUUAGAAUGCGACUGAUAAUUCAUUAGCAGUUCCAUUCUUUUCACUUGAAGAAUCUUGAAUCUGACCGUCAGAUACCCAUUUUCAAAUAACAUACUAAAACAAGCUUAUUGUUGCAUUAAUAAAUUACGGAGAACACGUUAAUAGCCUUCAUCUUAUACUCAUGGCUGUUCUUUCUCUGCACUCACCCCCAAAGUCAGGUGGACCGACCGCUGGAAGUAUAAAUGAAGAAGUGGCUAAAUAGAAAAAAACACAGCUGGUGAAAGGGAGAAACAGGAAGAGAGACGGAGUAUUAAAAUAGUUUUAUACUUUUAUGAGUAUGUUUCAAAUCUGAAACAACCAAGAGCCCUUUUUUUGUUUCUCUUUUGACCAUAUACUGAUUGUUUUCAGUAUUAUAAGUGAUCUCUACUUCCUGGGGAGGUUUUGAAUUUCCUCUGUUGUUUUGAGAGCUUGCUCGGAUGCUUACUUCUGCAUUUCCUCAGAGCUGCACUUUGCACCUUGUCCUAACAUUUUCCAUGAAAGGAUUUGUUUGAGACAAAGCAACCUUGGAAUGCACACCCUGCUUAAACAAAUGUAGGAUAUGCAUAAAGAUGCUUCGUUGAAUCCGCUAAAAUGCUCAUUUUUUGACCCCUUUUGGUGCAAGGUUCCACUUAAGUUUUUAUGAAGUUAAAUAUUCAUGAAAAAGUUGAAACAAUCUCAUUCUAACAUUUUGACCAGCGUUGAAUACAAUGGUGUGCCAUUAUAUUCUAUCGGCAGGUUUAGGUUUUUUGUUCCUCUUCACAUGGAUUGCCUUUAUCAGCAUUCCAUGGGAUCCUAGCUGUACUGAGGAUUGCUUCUUUUAAGAGCUCAAAGGGCUGUCAACUUAAAAUCCCUGAUCCUUUUAAAAAGUCCUGUAAGGAUCUAUUUAGGUUUCCAGCAGGAGCCAGUUAGCUCUUUACCUAUUUUAGCCAAUGUAGUCAUCCAGAUCUGAAAGACGACCAAAGCAUUUUUGAGAUUGAAGCAGUAUAAUAAAGAUUUUUGUUUUAAAUUUUGAGCUUUCUUUUUAAACUUAACAUUAUAUUGUGUUCAAAUUAAUGUUUGCUUUGCAGAGCUGUGUGUGUUGGGGAGUCAUAUAAGAACAAUUAGUUAGGUGUUAGUCAUGUAUCAUUUUCUCUCAUCCCCCAGAUGAUUUUAAAUCUGUUCCCUUACUCUACUUUUAUUUGUUUUUUAUAGUAUGUCUGGAUUUGGAAUGAACAGGAAUCAGGCGUUUGGAAUGAAUAAUUCUUUAUCAAGUAACAUUUUUAAUGGAACAGGUAAGCCCACUUAAAAUUGCACACUUGAGAGACUUUGCUGGAAGCACAUUUUGUAUACAAUUUUAGGGUUCCCCCCAAAAUUACAACAUUUGUGUAGGCAUUCAUGAUGUUUUUCAAUAAAUGUUCAGAGUUCUUGAAUUAUAAAUGACUUAAGUUCUGAGUCAUAUAAAUUAGAAGGCAAACUAAAUUAUUUUAUUUACAAAGACACUUAAAUAAUGUGUGUUAAAUGUCUUGCAUGUAAUCAUAGCCCAGCUCCACCAAAUUUCUGCUCUGGGUUUGCAACCUUCUUCCAGCUGAGCCCUGGGGAUCUCAGGGGAAGCAGAUACCACAAUGCUGGAAUGAUGGCCUUCUCCCCAUUCCCAGCCGCUGGACUUUCUCACUGCAGUGGGAAUGUCAUAAAUUGUGAUGGUAGUAUUUGACACACAACUAUCCAUUGGUUUUCCUGGGACUCAGCUGCUUAUGCUGCUGGCUAGACAUCAGCCAUAAUUCCCCUCUUUAAACCCUCUAUCAUGUAGGAUGUUUUGAACUACUGUUGGAUCAUUAACUGGGUAAUUUAACACUAGACAACUACUAGUUAAAUUAAAAUUAUAUAGUGAUGCCAGAGCUGCAUCAUCUGUAGUCCCAGUGGUAAACCACUGUUAUAUUGAACCUGUUCCAGUAUGUUGUUGGUAAUGUUGUUUUUUUCAUCUUUUUUUGCCAGCUAGCUAUAGCCACAACAUGGUUUUAGGACUGUUAAUUUUGCUUUUAAUUGUUUUCUGUGUCCAUUCAAGAAUUAGCAUUUUAUUUUUACUAGCUUGCGUUAAGCUCCUGGUCAUAUUUACAGUGCGAGACCCUCUCUAACUUGAUCUCUCCAUUUUGGGAUAUUUCUUUCCUUUUGUUGUAGGGGCAAGAAAGUGAUAUAAAUAUCACCCUGGUGCUUGAGAGUUAGUAAUUAUUCACUCUGCAGUGUCGUUUUUAUGGGAGACAAUUUUUGAGAAGAAUUUUAAGUUGCCUGCAUUUACUUUUAGAUGGCAGUGAAAAUGUGACGGGACUGGACCUUUCAGAUUUUCCGGCACUAGCAGACAGAAACAGAAGGGAAGGAAGUGGGAAUCCAACUCCACUAAUAAACCCUCUAGCUGGAAGGGCACCCUAUGGUGAGUUUGUGUCACUUAAAACUGGUACUUUGGCAGCCUAGUUUGCUUUUAUCACAAGGCACAAUGGAUAUUUGAAAACAGGUUUGUUGAACUUGAUACUUGACACUGUUCUAUAGUUAAUGUCAUUUCUUGGGCAAAAGGAAAUUGCAAGAUUCCAAUAGAAACAUAAUUAAAACAUAUUUAGGCUGCAAUCCUAUACCAACUCACCCAGAAGCUCAAAAGAGGCAGAGUUCCUAAAAUCAAUAGAUAACUUUGAUUUCCUAAUCUGAGAAUAAUUAAGGGAAGCAAGAGAAUUGCCAGAUCAUUUGUGCUAUAAAUUUUCUUGUUUUCACUUACCACCUCCCCAUUCUACUUUCAACUGCUACUUCGUAUUUUUUUAUCUAUAUGUGAGUCAAACAGUUAUUUCUGAUGUACUUUCCAUUGUUGUAGCAAAGAAUUCAUCUCUUUAGCCCAGUUUCACAUUCCCAUCUUGAAUAGCUUGGCCUAUUUUUGUGUGUGUGAAAUAAGGGUUGAAGGAUUGUGUCUAGAGGGUAUCUGCAGAUCUACCAGUCUAAGUGCUUGCAGUUUUUCUCCUGCACUUAGUCACCAUAAACCAUUGCAAUGACGUGUUGUGUUACCAAUUAUCUUAGUAUGUUAGAAGAUACAAGAUGAGGAAAUGUGCCCAAGCAAUUUAGAACUGCUUUCUUUAAUAAUACUGUGUUAAAUGCUGUUUGUUUUAUUUUUUAAGGCACCCUGUUGCCCCCCUCCCAUACCUUGACAUUGUUAAUUGUAAGAAUGUUAACUUAAAAAUAACAAUCAAAUCUUCUAUGAAGAAUUGGUUCAAUAGACCUACAUUUAUAAUAGUUUCUGCAAACUGCUGCAUUGAAAGAACAUAUUUUUCCCUGUUUUUUAAUUUCUUCUUUCAUUAUCUGUUGAGGUAGAAAAUUUUGCUGAUGGAAGUGAGAAAAAUCAAUAGCAGCACAGAAAUAUAAUAUCUAAUUUGGUACACUUAUCUUCAACACAGUUGGAAUGGUAACAAAACCAGCAAGUGAGCAAACCCAGGACUUCUCAAUACACAAUGAAGAUUUCCCAGCUUUACCAGGCUCUAACUACAAAGAUCCAACAUCGAGUAAUGAUGACAGUAAAUCCGUAAGUGUCUCCUGUUUUUUAAAAAAGAAACAAUUAUUUUGAACCCAUUGAUCUAGGAAGAAUUAGCCUCAUCCAGAACAGGUUGAACAUCAACCUCUUUGGCAGAACUUCUUUAUUGUUAGUGUUGAACAUCAGUUUAUGGACCCUCAGAGUCUACUACUGUACUGUGGUACUAAUUUUGCUUUCCACUACUUCCCUAAAUUUUAUGUAAAGGAGAAAUAGAGUUGGGUGGUGUGAGCACAUUGAUGAUGCCCCAUUCAAAUUUCCCAGUUCAUGGCAUUGAACAGCUUUAUACAGAUCAGCAGUGGGGAGCCUGCAAGCCAGAUUAGGCCCAGCACAGCUCUUAAUUUGGCCUGCAAAGCCAGCCAUUUCCCCCCAACUAUGCCCCCCUACCCUACACCUUAAAUCAUUUAUUACGCUGGGCAGGCAAAGAUUCAGCUGCAAAGGAGCAAGAGGGAGCCUUCAAGUACACUCAUGACUGUUCCAUGGCAAGCAAAGCUUGCAGUUGGUGCUAAUCAGCGGUACCAGAAAACCUUUUCCAUGAUAGGUUGCACUGUGGCGUUCCCAGUCAUGCGACUUCGCAGCCUGUCAUGAGUUCAAAGAAUUGGGAGUGCACUCAGAACGCCAGGUGAUUGACAUGUUGCCAUCCUCACCUGGCCAGCAGGGAUUGAGCUCCUCCUCCUGUUCUCCGCCCCGAUAUAGGUGCUAUAAAACAUGGGGAACGAAAAGGAGACCUGCAAAGACCUCAUAGCAAAAAAUGACAUAUGGUGAAAUCAGCUGGACAGAUACUUAAAAAAGGGGGGAAAAUGCAGCUUUAAUUUAAGGCCCUAUUCCAAAGGGUUGGACUGUGGACGCCUUGAAUAUGCACACAGCCAAUCUUCUGAGCCCAUGGUUUUAAGGCUGUUGUCCUCCCUUACAGCGCUGCACUCAAAGCUCGUGGGAGGUUCAGGAUCAACCUCUAACACAAGGAAACAGUUGUCACUGGGAAGAAAAAAUGGUACACAAGCACGUAUCUCUGUACACCUCUAAAGGGACUCUGUGGGUUACAGUUAAUGUAUACUUGUCCUUCUGUGUCUUUUCUCAUGCUAAAUUUCUUGCUACAUUUUCUCUGAAUAGAAUUUGAAUACAUCAGGCAAGACAUCUUCUAGUGCAGAUGGACCUAAAUUUCCUGGAGAUAAAAGUUCAACAACGCAAAACAAUAACCAGCAGAAAAAAGGGAUCCAGGUGUUACCUGAUGGUAUGCUCAAACUCUUUCUCUUUCUCUCCUCCUGCCCCUGUUUUCCAUUAAAUUUUCUCACAAAAGCUUUAAAAUGUUUUUUGGUUCUGGACAUUUUGGGAUUAAUCUCGUGGUGUGUUUGCCUAGGUCGGGUUACCAACAUUCCUCAAGGGAUGGUGACAGACCAGUUUGGAAUGAUUGGUUUGUUAACAUUCAUCAGGGCAGCAGAGACAGAUCCCGGCAUGGUACAUCUCGCAUUAGGAAGUGACUUGACAACUCUAGGUCUCAAUCUCAACUCUCCUGAGUAAGUUGUUCUCUGUUUCCGUACCAUUUGUUGUUCAAACUAAUGACUUCAGCUGGCCACCUUGAAAAAUCAAAACUUUAAAUAUAUUUUGCUAACUGAAAAUGUAAUAUUGGAAAGCAAAAAAAAAUACAGUUUGUUUCAAGAUGUUGAGUUCAACUCCACAAGCUUCCAAUAAAUCAAGAUCCUCUUUUCAUUUCCUUCUGUUUUCAAGAGUGUGAAUUGGAAAAAUGCUUCAUAUCAAAUCAAUUAAAACAAAACAAGAUACUGAUUUGCAUUUGUGAAUAGUGUAUGUUCUUGUGCACAUUUUUUUGUUUAAAACACUUACAUAACACUUAUUUGAGAAUAUCCAAAAGGAAAAAGCAUACAAUUAAUAAUAAUAAUAAUAAUUUAUUUAUGCCAUAAAAUUUAUCUACUGCUUGAUUGAAAAAAACCAUUGAUAAUAAUAAAAAAACAAUAAAGCACCAUAAUAUAAUUUCUAAUAUCUGCAGUAACCAACCAACUGCACCAACCAAUAUUAAUAAGAGAAUAUAAUAGGUCAUAUUCGGUGUACAGCCACAAUCAUUACCAUUUAUAAUACACACACACCCUAGAAAGACUUUGUUUUCACUGACUAUGUAAUUCCUGCUUUUCUUGAGUUAUUUGUUGUCUGAGUGGCAGACAAUGUGCUGGACUACUUGCAUUAGCAUAGUUUGCUGCCCUUAUUGCUAGGUGAGGAAUAGCCAUUGAUUUUAUUUAUCAAGCUUUCCAUAGAAAAGUGUGCAACUGAGGAUGUACACGUGAUAUUAGUAGAGUAGGCUCAUGAGAAUGGCUGAAAGUGCUUAUUAAAUGUAUGUUUUAUUUUUUUGGAGGGUGGCUGUCCCAGGGAGCAUGAUAGACACCUCCCCCUGGCACUACAUUUUUAGGAGCAUUUUUCCCCUUUGCAGAGACUUGAGGAGCUCUCUUAACUGACAAUCAGCUGCUGGUCAGUUGCAUGGAGUCUCUGCAAAGUCCCUGCACCAAUCAGCUGAAGGCGCUGAAAGCACGUUUUCAAAGGAGGUUGCUGUUAGCCAGCUAAUCUGUGGCUACAGCACUCUCUUUUGAAAACAUCACAGAUGGGUGGGGAAUACAUCACGGCGUCAUGUGAUUGACUGGGGUAGGGGUGGGAGAACAGAAAGAUCUGGUCCCCCUACACAAUCUCGUCCUAUGCCCCUCUUUAUUGGGCCUAUGCUGCUACUUUGAUCAGGACUCUGGUUUUGUGUUGUGUGUUGGGCUUUUGCAAAAAUAAAAAUGUUUGGUAAUAGCAUGUGAGGGCUCUGCUGCUUCCAGUUCCUUUGCUGCGUGUGAGUGUAUGCGAGGAACAAGUUCCCUAGUGCACUCUUUCUCCACACAUCCCAUGUUCAGAGCAGAAAGGUAAUUGAGUAAGCUUGAAGGUGGUUAAAUUGUAAUGGUUUUAAGGCCGUAAGUGGUGAAUUUUAGAACCUAUUGACAGUUUCAGCUGGAAAAUUUCCAUUAUCUACAUUCCCUCCAUUCUACCAGAAAACAGGGUACGCUGUGACCUCAAAAGAAAGAUCAUAGCUCUGCUGGUAUCUGAACGGUUGUUUCCCACUCUGUGGAGUAUGAAAAACCUGAGGAAUGGUGUAGUUCCUUCAGCAAGAGAAGAGAAGCAGUGGCAUGCUCCUUCUCAGGCCUGAGAUGAAGUAUUGGUAUGAGAAGUACCCAAGAAGAUCAAGCAGCCCACAUGUUUUGCGAUUUCAUACAUCACUGUUGUGCAGUGGAGCCAAGCCAUACCAAAUCAGGGUUUCAAUGGCUACUGUGUUAUCUAGAUAAUGUAUGAAUUUUAGCCUGUGUGUGUGCAUAAAGUAGUUUUGUGAAAAAAUAACACAAAUGUUGGGAGAAAGGUAGAUCUUGAUACCAAUUCAGUCACUUUUUUUUCUGUGCAGAAAUCUUUAUCCCAAAUUUGCAUCACCUUGGGCUUCUUCACCUUGUCGACCUCAAGAUAUAGGUAGGGUGGAUGUUCGUGUGUGUGUGGUGUGUGGUGUGUGUAUGGUUAAAAUUCCUAAGUGAGAGUCAGUGUCGUGGGAUCAGAAUUAAAUCGCUUUUCAUUCCUUUAUCUAGACUUCCAUGUUCCAUCUGAAUAUUUAACGAACAUUCACAUUAGGGAUAAGGUGAGCAAUACCGUCUUGUCCCUUUAUAUAAACAAAAGUUUGCCUGUUGAAAUGCAUAAUGCAAGUUUCUUUGAGUUGUCUAUAAUUUCAGCAAAAAACUUGAUUUCUAGACCGAUUAAAUUCUUUACUUCUCCCAGGAUAAUACAGUUCAGGAAAACUAUUUUAACAGAUACUUGUUACGUAAACAAAUUAGUAGUAAGGACUAUGAAUAUGUGAAGGACAAGAAAAUUAUAAGACCAGAUAUUUUCUACAACAUUAGCUCUGCAACUGCUAAAUAGGUAAAUUGAAAUAGACGCUAGAGGGGGAAAUGGAUUGUUUUAUUAUACAUGCUAGAAAAAGUGUUGGCAACAUGCUUGGAGAUAGGUUCACAAUCCAGUUACACUCUUCCUGCUUCGUUGAAGCCAGCUGGAAUUCUACCAGAGUAAUUUGUCUCAUAAUAGUACCCUUAACUAUAGGUCAAUAAAAGUUUGAUUGGAUUUAGUGCCUUUAUGCAAACUCCUUUCUUUAAAAAGUGUUCAUCUUUUUUUUUUUUUUUCCUUUACAGUUGGCUGCAAUAAAGCUUGGCCGCUAUGGGGAAGAUCUACUGUUUUAUCUCUAUUACAUGAAUGGAGGAGAUGUAUUACAGCUAUUAGCAGCAGUAGAGCUGUAUGUUCAGAUUUCAGUGAAUUUUGUAUUAGGAUACAAAGGAGACAAUUAUUCUGGUUAUUUAAAAAAUUUUAAAUUGCUGUUUCAAAUGCAAGUUAUUUUAUAUGCCACAUGUUAGGGAAUUCCAUGCUAGCAAGAAUGACACUUGAAAGGAAACAGGUUUCUGCUUCUAUAUUUCCCACACUUGUGCUUGCAUGGUGGAGAACCUAAUCUCUAAUCUCUGCCAGAUGAUAGACACCCAUCACUCAUUAGAAGGAGAAUACUGGGAGUUCUUAGUGUGGGGGGGAUGUGUGUGUGUGCACAGCUUUAUCCUCUAGAGUGAAGCCAUUAACUAAAACCGUAAUCUAAGCUCUCAUAAAUUGUCUUGCAAUUUAGUUAUCUUGUAUUGCCUACUUCAUGCUGUGCAAAAAUAUUUCGUUAAUACUUCCUAAUAUUACCAUUGCAUAUAGGACAAUAUGUUCAGUUUUUUGCUUGAGGUACUAACUUUGAUAGCGGCUAGAUUAUUGUAGCAUGUUAAAGAUGUUGAGCAGCCAUGUUGGUGUAGAUAUAUUUUGAGUUUUAAAGAAGAUUAAAUCAGUGGAAAUUAGCCAAGCUAACAGAAUCUCUUCCUUCCUGAUUGGAUAAUAAUAGAUUCAACCGAGAUUGGAGAUACCACAAAGAAGAAAGAGUAUGGAUUACCAGGGCACCAGGCAUGGAGCCAACAAUGAAAACCAAUACAUAUGAGAGGGGAACAUACUACUUCUUUGACUGUCUUAACUGGAGAAAAGUAGCUAAGGUAUUUUUCUUCUUCAGAGAAACAUUUAAAAGUUGUACGUAAAAUGUUUACUUUGUGCACAUUCUCAGUAGUAUUUGUAAAAAAUGGGGGUGGGGUAUUCAAGGCUGUGCACAUUUAUGGUGGGUUGUUCUACACCAAAAAUUCUGAUUAUGUGAAAGGAGACUCUGUUGGGGCAAAGGCAGUUGCAUACCAGCAUUCAUUACCUUGGUUCCCUCUCAGUUCGCUGACUGUUGCCCAUCUUCGGAAUGCCUCAGAUAAUGCCCCCCCUUUUUUUUACACAAAUGCUUAUCAGAAGAUGAACCCAGAAGUAUAUCAAGAUCCCCUAGUUAAGUCAGAACUGUGUUCCUUCUUUUCAACUUGCUUCAGCCUUUGAUUGUCCCCUCGUUGUGUAAGUGAUUGAAACAUAUUAAGAUUAUUGUCAUGGGGAUAAUUACGUAAGGAUGACAUCCAUCAACCAGCUUUGUAGAAAGCCUGUGGGGUUUUGAGUUCACAUUCUAGAAAUGGCUCUUAAAACAAUAGUUUGUUCACCUUAGGAGGAGGUCUGAUUUAUACCUUUCUGUGAAUCUUGGUUGAAAUGUAAAUGGAGUGGUAAAAUGCAGUUUAUUUUGUCACAAAUCUAUAUAUUGGCAGUGGGGAACCACUACUUAGGCUCAAGCAGGGUAUCUUCUGCAGCAUCCAGAAUCUGUUGCUAAGAGGUAACCAGGGACACUCUGGGCACUGUGACUCAUAUCCUACUUCCCUUUUUCUGUAUCCCCGGCUUGAAGUCAAACUUGGGAUGCAAAGGAGCAUUUUUCUUUCUCAACUGCAGCUAUUCAAAUUGGGCUGCAAAGGGGGGGGGGAAUUCUUAGGAGGUGCAUCUUAAAAUCAAGCCAUACCUGCGAAAGGAGGAAGUAAAUCACAUGUGGAUUACAUUACAUGUAAUAGAUACAGUAAUAGAUAUUUUGUAUAAAUGAGGACAUUUCUCUCCAGACAGCUCACAAUCUAAAGGCAGGAGAAGAAACAACUUAAAUCUUGGAAUAAUUGCUUACACACAAGAUGGGAGAAAGAGGCAUGUCCUAGCCAACAUAGCAGGAAACUUGAAUGGCUAGGAGUUGGUCUUGCUCCCUGUGGACACGAGAAGGAGUUUGAGUGUGACUUUGUAUCUUUGAAAAAUGUUGUUUUUGUAAUUUUGAACUGAACUGAAUGUUAUCUAUCUUGAAUGUGUGCUGCGAUACAAAUUGUAGGUAAAUAAACCAUUGUUUAAAAGAAAUGGAUGAGAAAAUACUGUAUAGCUGUUUCAGAUCACCAGAAAACAUUAGACUUUUUCUUGUUAGCCUUCAUCACAGAAAGACGAAUGGUGUGUUUGGAUGCCGUCUUGUCUUUAAAAUCUUAAGCUUGAUGGGUAUUCCUAAACAUGCUGGCAAGCGCAAACCAUUACCAUUAGUACACAUAACAUGCAGAUCUGUCCCAGAUAUUGAGAUGGACAGGAAAGCUCUUUCAUUCAGAGAACUCUGAUCCAAAGAACUGUCAGAGCUUAAAAAUCUACACUGAGUACACACUUCAAUAUGUGUGUUUUACCUAUAAAGCUCUGAACGUGUUGAGGCAUAACUAAAGGCCUUCCUGCUCUCAUAUUCCCCCCCCCUUGUAAGAUCAUCUGCAGAAGUCUUGCUCUUUGUACCCAUCCUUUGAUAGGUAAGUUAAGCGGCCAUGAGGAACAGAGCCUUUUAUUUGGCAACCCUCUGACUAUGGAUAGUACUCCCUUGCUUUAUUCCUCAUGGGCCUGUGUUAUUUAUGUUUUAAGCAUCCAGAUCUUUCUGUACGCGGAUUUCUCCCCCAUCUCUCAGCUGCAGUCCAUCACAGCCCCCAGAAAGAUGCUCCUGAGGGUCAGUGCAUUGCAUCACGGGAGAAAUGGGAAAUUCCUGCAUGUGAGCAAAAGUGCCUUCUGCUCACACAUGGGACAAUUUGGAGCCAAUCCAUUUGGAGCCACUUUGGAGCUCCCACACACGCCACUGCGGUUGAGCUGCAAGGCGAUAUUGCUGGCAAACAUUUUUCUUUCGUUAUUUAUAAUCUGCCCUGAGAUCACCGAAGUGGAAAGGGGCAGAAUAUAUAGAGAAAUGAAAAUAAAUAGAUGUCUGCCUAUCACCUGGAGGUAGUUCUUACCAGCUACAGGUGAGCAGGUGACUGACUGGCUUUACAUUCCAGAUAUAUCCUUUAGUAGGAUUUAAAACUACAGCACAUCAUUUUCACUUCACAAGUUGCUGCUUCUUCAUCGUGAAGAAUGCCUUCCCCUGCCUCCUUAUAAAAGAGCUUGCAGGGGAAAUGUAAUUUAUAGUCCAGCGCCUUCCAAAAUUUAGAAUAUGUUAUGCAUUCUGCACAUCUGCAGAAUGUGGCACAGAAGAAAAAAAGUAAAAUGGGGGAAUAGUAGAUGGACAAUUUUGGGAAAACACUUUAAAGUUUGUAUGUAGUGUUUUACCAUGAUCCUCCAGAGCAGAUUUUGGGGUUGCAGGGAGACAGGAAGCCCUAAGUCUUUCUGCAGGAGUGGAAAUUCAUUGGCAUUAUGUUGGAUUCUGCCAUAAGUUUUAAAGUAGCUACUGGAGAGUUUUUGUAAAGCCAAUUUCAAAAGUGAAGGCUGCUGCUGCUGCAGCAGCAGAAUAUUUAUUUCCCCCUCACCAUCAUAAUAUAAAAGGAGACAAGGCCAAGAGAAGAUUAGCUUCUUUGGUCAAGAGAAAAUCUAGCAGAUUUUAUUUCCCCCUGAAGCAGCAUUUUUCUUUGGGUUACACAUGACCUUAUAGAAUUUAGUGGGCCAUCUGCUGAUAAUGAAGUGAUCGUCUUUUUUAUUUGGUUUCUAGGAGUUUCAUCUGGAAUAUGACAAGCUAGAAGAAAGGCCUCAUCUGCCAUCCACCUUCAACUACAACCCUGCUCAGCAAGCCUUCUAAAGACUUCCCUUGUCUUGGGGUAUGGCUGUCUCAGCACAAUACUCAACAUAACUGCAAAACUGAUGUGGCUCAGGCAUCCUGGUUUUAAUUCCUUAUGAGGAUCUGGCAAUUGGCUCAUGCAAAAGGGUCACCAUUUGAAGUCCUGCCUUACUAAUUAUGUGCUGCCCAACAACUAAAUUUAUAAUUUGUUUUUCUUUAGUUUGAGCAGGGUCGGAUUUAAUUUUUUUUUUUUUACUUUUUUUUUGCCAGCAGACAAGCUUGGGUCUGUAAAGACAAGCAAGUACACUGACAAAAGUUUACCACUUAGUUUCCAAAUUGUAAAAAAAGGAAAAAAAGAAACAAGAAAUAGACAAUAAAAUUUGCAUUGUUCAUUGUAGCACUCUUGGUAAUAAAAAAAAAAUGUUUGUGCAUUUUUAUGUGAAGAUCCUUCUCGUAUUUCAUUUGGAAAGAUGAGCAAGGUCUGCUUCCUUCAUUUUACUUCCCCUUCAGUUUUUGAAAAGGCAGUUUUCGCCAACUUAAUGCAAGAAUAUCUGACUGUUUAGAAGAAAGAUAUUGCCACAACCUUUGGUUCAUUUCCAGGGUUGUGUGUUACUGAGCUUCAUCUUUCCAGAAUGAGCAAAACACUGUCCAGUCUUUGUUACGAUUUUGUAAUAAAUGUGUACAUUUUUUUUAAAUUUUUGGACAUCACAUGAAUAAAGGUAUGUAUGUACGAAUGUGUAUAUAUUAUAUAUAUGACAUCUAUUUUGGAAAAUGUUUGCCCUGCUGUACCUCAUUUUUAGGAGGUGUGCAUGGAUGCAAUAUAUGAAAACGGGACAUUCUGGAACUGCUGGUCAGGGGACGUCUUUGUCGCCCUGUGCACUAAAGGGCCAGAUUUCAGCAGCCAAGGACAUCCAUACCCAAGUGAAUGUGAUGGGACUUAACGAAGUGAACUGAGACAAUUCACUCUGGCUGUUUGAACAGCAGCGUUUCAUAGGAAGAGAAAAAAAAAAAGAUCAAUCUUGUAUUUUCUGACCACAUAAAGGCUUCUUCUCUUUGUAAUAAAGUAGAAAAGCUCUCCUCACUGCAGUGUUGACUUUGAUUUGAGAUUGUGAUAUCACUUCUUCAACGAUGAGAAAAAUAUGGAAAAAAAAGUUGAAGUAUUAAAACAUACUAAGCUAUAAAGUGUUUGUGGCACUUAAAAGGAAGAGUCUUUUCGCUGCUGGAGCUUCAUUGAAUAAGAGUCGCAUACGUUUCCACUGUAGGUCUGAAUUCGUGAUCAAACCUUGUUAAUGUCAGAACAGGCUGACGUAAUAAUAGAACAAUGUAUUUUUAGCAAUGGGGUAAGAUGGGCAAUCAUGGAAGAUGGUCCAAAAAUUCACAUUGAAAUAACUUUCUUUUUGUCAUGAGUAUGUUGUUUAAACUUUUUGAGCAGAGAAGGUACAUUUCGUUUAAUGGCUAUUUUUCCCCCUGGAGGUUCAAAUCUAAAUAAACCAACAUGAAAAGCAUUUAAUUUGUGAAAGGCACUGUAACUAUUCUCUAGGCAAAGGGGAAAAGGGGAUAGUGUGUAUCCUUUUUUCUUAACACAUAAUUCAGUCAACUGUGAAUUAUAUUGCAAUCGGAUAUUAUAAGUUGUUACAACUUAUCUGAAGUUACCAAAGUGGGAAAAGACAGCAAAAUAAUGUCGAGAGAAAUGUUUAGUUUAAAACUUUUUUCUAUAUAGCGCAAAAUAAAUCUGUUAGCUCUUUUCUCAAGCGACUUUGGGAAAUCAGCUGCUAGUAACAUUGCUAUGUUUUCUGUAUCAGGUGUACAGCAAAUAUAAAUUCUACAUUUUUAUAUGUAUUUUGGGUUAAUGACAGACAUAAAAAUAUAAAAUGACAACUUAUCAUCUUCUUCUUAUUUAAAACAAAGUGCUUCCUCAGCCAGUUAAUGCUGGUAACUUACACCGUGACAAAUACUGUUUAGUUGCUUGGUUUUGUUUCUCAGUUAUUCAAUACAUUUGUGUUAUUUACAAAGACCUUUAAAAGGGAUGGGAUUGGAAAUAUUCUCCACAUUCUAUUAAUUUGUGAAACAUAGAGCAUUACCAUAGAAGUCUCCGCACACAAAAAACCCACACACACACACAAAUGUAACGUCAGCACUGGCACAUUUUGUGGUGUCAAAAUGAUCUCUCUCAUUUUGUGCUGGACCCCAUGCGUUCAAAUGUUCCUGUUGCAUUAUAGUUUGGGAUGAUUGCUAGGCAUGAACUACUCUCCUGCAAUGUGCCCUAAUAAAUAAUGUUGCUGUUUCAAAGGGCCUGUUUUAAAAUACUUCUAAGUAUAACUUUAGAUGCACUUUAUUGUGGCCUAAUUCACAGUAUUGUACAUGAUUGAAGCUUGGAAAUGAAUAAAGCAAGAACAGGAUGUUGAUGCUAGAUGCUAAUAUAAUAAAGCAUUACAUGCUGCCAAGAACAGAAUUCUACUUUAGACUAUCAUUGUUACGGAGCUGAGAAUAGGUAGUAGUGGUUUAUAAAACCAUUGUGCCCUUCACAUUCACACAUUUGAUCUAUUUAACAUUGAAUUUAAUAUUAUGAACAAAAUGCUUCUGCACGAGAAAAAUAGAAGACUGCCACAGGAUUAAAUAUCUGCCUCUUAAUUUCUUUUGAAAGAGAGCUGUAAUUUAAUGCUAUUUUAAUGAUCCUUUAUGCCAAAUUGAGGAACAACUAGGUAAAAGUCAAGUAUUCCCUUUUAGAUAAACCUAAAUGGACACAUUGCUGUGUUUUUAAAUAUAGCUCUCAUGUCAUCGUUCUGGUUACAGAAGGGUGAAACUGGGCAUUAUCUACUUGCUCCAGAACAGUCCCAGUAAUAAUAGCAGGACUUGAACUGAAGUCAGCAAGUUGCUGAACUCCUGCCUACAUCAAGUUUAUAUUGACAGAUAAACGACAGCAAUUCCAUAGUGAUUUGUGCAGUCCUAUAAAUACUACUGUUGGCCAAUUUUGAUGGUGAAAUUUCGCUUGCAUUACAAUUCACAAGGUAAGUUGAAAAACAACAUAUCUUUCUCAACGUUGGGAAAGUUUCAAUUGUUUCCAAAUUAGUCCUAUAUGCACUUACUUUCCUUUCUAUAUGUAAACCUCAUUUAUUGGCAGGGUACAGAUUUUUUAGAUUUUAGAAUGCUGCUUUUUACUAAUGUCCAUCAUAUUCCUACCCUGCAGAAUACAUAAAUGGGCACUACCAAAUUGUGUUUCAUUUUUCAAAAAGAAAAGAUGCUGACACCACAAUAGAGAGAGCAGAGCUAAUUAGGUUAAAGAAGGGACUGGGUACAUUUAUUUAUAGUAAAUAAGGAACUUGGAACAACUUGCAAAUAGUUCCCAGGCAGUUUCUAAUCAAGUGUUAGACCUGCUUAGUUUCAACAGUACAACUUUUAUGAUGUGUGCUCAUCACCCAAAGAAUGGUCUGAAGUGGCCAUGAGCAAAUUUAGGUUGAAUUCACAAAUAUUCUAUUAACAGUUUAAAAAUUGCAGAAUAUAGUUUUGCAAGGUAUUUAAGUCAGGGGUGACUAACCUGUGGGCUAUAUGGUCCACCAGGAGCUUUUAAGUGGCCUAUGGGGAACCUUCCAACAAUUCAGUAGCUUUAAAAAAUACUUUUCCGAUUUACCCCCUUUUUCUGUUUUACACAGCUGUUUAAUUCCAUUGGGUUUGCUUAUGUGCCCUUUGUUAUAUUGGGAGUGACUUCCAUUUCUGGGGGGCUUAUUUUAAAGUCUGUUGUAUCAUCUCUGUCUGAGGAUGCUUCAGUUUUUGGAUGUGCUAUCAGUAGCCCCACUCAUAGAAUUGUAGAGUUGGAAGGGGCCGCAGGCGUCAUUUAGUCCCACCCCCUGCAAAGCAGGAAUCCUGGCCACAGCCAUCCCUGGGUAGGCUUGGACCACCAACAGCCAGAUCCACUGGCCCAUUGUUUUGCUAUACCAUCGGCAGCUGAAGACUUGACGAUCUGCCCUGCCUGCUGCCCAAAACACCACAGCUGGGAAAAAAACGCAUAGGCAGUAAGUAGCACCUCUUCAAUAUAUUGGUGAGCAAAUGAAAAUGAAGUAGGAGGAGGGAAGAAGGAGCAGAAAUGGAAUUCAUGAAGGCACAAAACCAAAUCUGGAAGGAAUAAGUUAAUAACAAAAUUGAUUUGCAGGAAGUAAGCAGAAUGAAUGAAAACAAGGGAAUGAAAUUGAGGGCAAAAAGGAAGAAAUGAAUAACAACAUUUCCCCCCGGGGGGGGGUGGAGUUCCGCCUCAGCCAUGUCUAGUUUUCUAUGUGGCCUCUUAAGGGUUGAUAAUGGGUCAGAGUACUGCAUAGAACAUUGGAUAGCUUGGAGGGGCACCUGAUGUUCUUUCUGAGUGAUUGCUUGUCCUGGUGUUUGACACCACAGCAAGAGCACAAAUGGUUCUGCUUAAGUCCCAUCAAAAACAAGGGCACUUGUUAGCUUUUACUGAUGUCCUUGAUUUUGAUGGGAUAAUAAUGACUGCCUGCCUCUCUCUGGACAAGUUAUGUGCAGUCAGGAAGGCAUUUCUUUUGUAACCUGCUCCUUUCUAGAUGAACCUGCUGAGUGGAUGUUCUUGUGUUAUGGAGCAGGCGUUGGACUAGAUCAGAUGUUCCCGACAUGAAGCCCACAGAGCCUCUACGUUCCUCCACUUCCCUCAGGGCCAUAGCUGUCAACUUUCAGAUUUGAAAAUAAGGGUUCAGCAGCCUCACCUGUUCCAGGGACAGUCUACGGGAUAUCUAACAGUCCAGGAUAGCAGCGGGAAACGGCGCUGGAAUAAGGGAAUUUCCUGCAAAAAAAGGGAAGGUUGACAGCUAUGCUCAGGGCUGGCUUUGCCAAGAGUUACCAUUUUUGCCUGGAGCAUUGUAGAGGGUUGGGAGAGGAAGUUCGAAGAGUGUUGCUCCUCCUUAGUUCCUCUUCCGGUUCUCUGGUUCCGGGCUGAGAAUGCCACCUAAGAGGAAGGAAGCUUCCUCCAUUCCUGAUCGCAGCCACCAGAAUGGAAGGUGAGAUAGCAUUUUGGAAGUAGUUGUGUAAGAAAGUAAGGUGGGAAGGAGAGGCCUAACUGGGUACCAAGGAUAAGGAAAAGGAACAGAAUUUGUGUGUUUUGUUUUUUCCUUUUCCUGAAGGUGAGGGUGUGUGCCCCCCCCAGGGGGGUCUGUGUUUGAAUUUUGGGUUUCCACCCUCUCUAGGGAGAUGUCUUGCAUAUUAUUAUCCUCCCUCUGGGGGUCUGUGUUCAAAGCUGUCUCUGUGCUCUGGGCACCUGUAGGCUUGUUUCUCUCUUCUUGGGGGGCAGUUCCACUUGUUUUUCCUUCCCAUUUGGUGUUCUGUAACUCUUGGUUCGCCAACCCUUUGGAAUCUUUGGGGGAAGUCUUCUGUUUGGCUUCCCCUUCUUACAGCCGGCCAACCUGUCUCCCAACACCGAAGAAAUGCACACAGAGUACAAGCUAGCAAGGGGACACCCCCAAAGAUCCGUGGCUAGGUGUGCCUCCUCAAGGCCCCGGCAGCCAUUUUGUGACUGGCAAAGCCCCUUAAGGCAGCCAUUUCCCAGUGGGGCUACUAAAACCUUUUGAAAACUUCAAAUGUACCCACUGGCCCAGAUGAAUUAGGGUCCCAUGGAUUAGAUAAAUUGGAAAGUUGGUGCCCAUUCUAACGGAUUAUCCCUAUGGCUUCUUGAUUCAAAUUAUCUUUAUCU